CCAAUGACUAUAGGCUACCGACGAUCUAUUGUCUAUUGACACUGGAGACUAAGUUCUCAUGCAGUUCAUUAUCCCAAACGGGGACAACUAGAAAGAGAUCCAAAGAGACCAUUAAUCAUCAUUCCUUUCAAAGGGGAAGAAAGAGGAGACUAAAAUAACAGAUAAGGUAACCCAAUACUGUAAAUUCUACAGAUUGUUGCAGAAACAAACUGUGAAUAAAAAUAGAAAAGUUGAUUAUAGUUUCAACCUGAAAUUACAGCCCAGUUAAAAGUAGAAUACAACACAGAUUCUCCAAGACAGACAUAAUUAUAAUUCCCUAUCGUGGCAUAAAUGUUAAAACGCGAGACGUUUAGGGACAGGCAGGUCCGAGACUUAAAGGGGCCAAACUUUUACUCCUGUUAGCACUUUUGCGUACGCUCCAAUGGCCAAUCACGCUCUUUUUCCCCACCAAAGCUCUCAGUAUGACGAAUAACUUCAAAGUCCAUUUCAAUUUGGGUCGAUGGCUCGGGCCGUGGUGGUGGUGGUGGUGGCGGUGGUGGGGGGAGUGGAGCUGUGGGGUCAACCCAAUAACAGACUCCCUCCCCUCUCUCUCCAUCUAGCCACCACCACCACCAACCCCUCCACGUCCCCAUAAAAGCAUUCGCUUCCUGCUUCCCAAGUCCGGACAGAGCGCUGUGAUUGGCCGCGGCUCUCACUGUGGGCUGUCCCCCAUGCGCUCUCCUCGACUCGGGUUACAGUUGAGCUCGAGCUGCUGCACACAGCGGAGCGUUGAGGCUGUUGUUAACGGUUAAAAAAAAGAAAGACACACACACACCGGCAUGGAAACGUUGGCAGGCGGAUUUAGAGGCGCCGAGCGGGCUGGUGCGCAGGUAUAACCAUCCUUCAGCACUUUUUGUGUGUGAGCAGCGGCAACAAACAAGGUGCGGAGACGUUGUGUUUUUACGCACUGGCCACGCAGCAUGCCCGAGUUGGAAUAGAAGCAACCCUGCUGGAGCGCAACACGCACGCGGAACGGCGCUGAGAGCCGGGAGGGAUAUUUACAAUAGAAACUCAAAUCCGUUGCGAAGAAGAAUAGCAAAAGGGGGAGGAGGAGUGAAAGAUAACACUGGAAUGAAGUGGACCUCGGGAUUCCCAGCGUGCUGCGGAGUUGUGACUGAUGGAUGAAUGUGGUCAUCUGUAGGCUAUAAACAGCGACAGGUACAGACACCACCAGAGGAGCUUUGACAAAGACUCGGCGCAGCGCUUCAUCGGCAGACGCAUCGCUAGACUGUGGCUCCCGAAACUGUGCGAUCGCUUAGAUCUCUUUCUGCACUCAUGAGAUCGUAUCCUGAAGUUGUCUCCACUGAGUAAUAAGGUCGCGAGGGCUGUUUUUGUCUCAGCCACAGGUCAAGAAGGACACUCGGGGGGCUGCGGUCCUCCCAGAUCCCAUCAAGAACCGGGGGCUUCUUCUUCUUCUUUCCACGUCCUGCAGACAGUUCAGUCAAGGACACGGGGGCCUGGAGCAGAUUUUUAAGAAGUCGGACAGAAGGACAUGUAUCUGAUAUCGACCUCACAUGCUCCCGACUGAUCGUAGCUCACCUUCCCACCGGGCGAACCACAGCUAAAGGCUGCCAGGCGCACUGUCCGACGCUCUGAGUUAUCGGCUCACUGUCUAUACACUUAGCAGAAUGGCGGGACUCUCCUGUUGGAAGUAUUAUCUCUGGAUCUUUAUUUUAAUGUGCAGGUCGGCGCUACCUUCUGCCAAAUCGUUGGAGACUAUAAUUUGGAGCUCGCAGAAUUCCAAGUAAGUCUCGUAUUUCAUUUGUACAAGCAUACCAAAACUCACAGGGUGUGUGCGUAAUGGAGGGCUGACAUUACUGGAAAAAGUUGCCAUUGUGUGCUGGGUUAAAUGUUCUGUUAAAUGUGGCAAUUAUCUUUAAAAAGAUCAUAAUUUAUUUAGAUGUAAUUGUCGUUCCUGCGCCGCAGAGUUCUGUGUUGACUUAAUUCUCAGAGGGGGAAUUUCCCGACACCACAGAAACACAGUAGGUAUACGCUUAUACAACAAACAGUAGGCCCCACUUAAAACACAAUGAUGGAUGGAUAAUUAUGGCAAUUUAUGACAACAUUACAGGCGCAUUUUUAUUACAGAUUGAGGGGCAAAGUCUGCUCUGACACUCCAUUUACGACCACCUUAAAGUUGUGAGAGUUUGUUCGCAUCAGUCCUUCACGUUCUUGUAAAUGACGAUAUAAACUUAGGAGACAAUGGAGGAGAGAAGUCAAGGAAAGAGUGCCAACUGUGCCAAGGUGUAGCCCAGUAAACUAGAUAGAGGGGUUUUCUGCUCUCAGUCCGUCUCAGGAGCCCUGGAUAUGGACUGCCUCUCUGCUCAGAGGGCCACACUGCCUCCCAACUAACUCUCCACUGUGUGAAUUCAGUUUGCCCACACAGAAUGUGUGAUUAGAUGGUUCCAGAUAUAAGUGCAAGAAAUGCUUGAAAUGAAUUUAAUUUUCCUUAAUCGCCCUGGCUUGGAUCCAGCCCAAUUUUUCUACAUCAAAAUCAAGGGCAAGUUUCUUAAAAGCAUGCAGCUGAAACCAGACACAUUUCUCCAAAAUCAUUUUAUUCCCUUCAAAAACGAGCAGAGUAAGCCCAGACUGCUGAUAAUAAAAUCUGCUCUGGUAACAAUUAUCACCCACUUAGACUUGACUCCCACAUUUGCAUGAUGUUGGAAAGCAUACAUAAGGGGGAAAAUGCAGUGAAAAGAAGAGAAAUAAAACCUUCGCCUGUGUUUCUGUAUGGGGCCGGGAGCUGACCUUCAUGUGAGCUCACUGCACCGAGGGGAAAUGGAGAGUAGCUCGACCAGAUUAUAACUAGAAUUUACUCAUUCAAGUGAAUCCGUGAUUUAUCCCCCAAAUGUCAGAUGUCAUAGAAGCUCGUUGUGCAGUCACUGGGUAUGAAUAUUGCUGCCACGUUCACUGGAGUGUGUAUAGAUAUGUGUGUAAGUAUGUGAGUGUGGCCUGGUCCUAAUGGUAAGACUACUACGGCCCAUCAGCUUUUAUUUGACUAUAGCUGCAGAGGUAGUGGAACAAUGAGCGUCAUCAUCAGACACAGAUAGAAGACCCACACAUAUCCCAUAUGCACGAUAAACCCACACCUUUUGUCAGUCACAGGAAGAUGGAUGAAAAAAGUGGGGGAGACAUUUAUUGAUUGAUGAUGUCACCUGCAGGGAAUGUCUUAGAAGGUUGCCACGCUGGUUUAGGGAUUGAAGGAUCAUUUCUCCAUCUGUUUCUCCACUCCGCUCCUUGUAAAAUCCCCAUGCCGGCUGAAUAUUUCAUAAAGUUCACAGUGGAACAAUAAUGCACUCCGCAAAGUGUUCUCUCAACCUAAUUAUCCUGCUGCUCUGCGCUUACAAAACAAUAGACAAUUAUCUUGCUGUGUGCAGGCUUUGCAAUAACAAAAGACAAACCUGUUUUUCCUCUGAAAUGUAUCAGUCAGCAGCGGCGUCCGAUAGGCAAUAAAAAAGAGAAUACUUGUAGAGCAAUCAGCAUCUGUCUUCACUGUUUGUUGUUUUAAACUCCAUCUCUUUGUCUGGGCCCAUAUUAUAGAGCAGCGAUAACACGGAGAGAGAGAGAGGGCGAGCGGCCUAUAGAAAUGUACAGUACACUAUCUGGUGACUUAUCUAGAUUUACGACUUCUUACUUCCUGUUCCCACUUUGGGGAGCACUGCUGCCUCAGCUAAUAAAUUAAUCUGGCCCUCUGCUUGCACACUGUACCACAUACACACAAAAUGUAACAAUGCAAGGGCCUCCCUACAGGCCAUGAGUUAUGAGAGAAAGUAUAGGAAACCAGCAGGUUUGGGCCACUAUGGUGUGCGUGUGUUUUUUCUAUUUUUAUGUGUGUGUGCAGGCUUAUGAGCGGGCCCCUCCAAGCGGUCCUGCUGUUAUGGAUUUCCAUGUGAGGAUGCUAUCAGUCCCGCUCCUGCAUUAUCAAUAACUGGGGUUUGCUUAAUUGAUUUCCUCCCAGCGUGCUUGAACAGGCAACAUACAUCAUCACCGUAACCCUGUCUGGAAAUAAGACGAAGAAGAAGGAGAAGGGGAAACAUCCUAGAGUGUAAACUUUGCUGCGGGAUGUAUGAGACCUUUCUGAUAUUUAAUUUGAGGGUGGAUGAGUGAAAUGGCGAGGGGGUAGAGUGAAGGGGGGGUUUUGGUGAAGGAGCAGCCGUGCAGAAGAAGGCUAGAUGUGUCAACGUCCCCGGUCGGUAAAGAACCGUCUAACAUUUGAUCAGAGCAAAUCGGAUUAGUUCUCAUUUAGCUGAGUGGGAUUACGCCAGAAAAUGUCACUUUGUUAUGACUGAUCACGUCCCAUCGGUUUUUCUGAGGCUAGCACAGCAAUGUACAGGCAUACUUUCUACGUACACACACACACACACACAACUCACAGUGUGCUCAGGAAUGCUGCAGUGAUGCCAAUUUAAUGAUAAUCUGACAAGGUUGCUAUGACUGGCUCCUGCACGUCCUCUAACCCUCCUUCGCUAAUAUUUACCUCAUGACCUGAAGCCACCGCAGCCUGUUUGCAGCAGCUCAGGAGACAAACAAGAUGAUGGGAGAGAGAGGUAGAGAGAUGGGAAACAGUCUUGCACACCUCUGAAAACACUCAGCCAAGAAACAGCCACAGGCUGGCUGGGAGUCUGAUGCACUGGUUUUGAACUCCUCACACUUCGAGAAAGGUUUGGAAAGAGUUUGCAGACAUUCUCUGGCCUCCGUGUCAGAUUUUGAAGCCCACAAAAUAGCAUAACAGGGAGAGAGGCGCUUGUGUCGAUAAGCUAAAAUCGGUGUUGCUGCGGGUCUUUACUUACUCAUCUUAUUUUGAUGUGUAUUGACCUCAGCUGCCUGGCUCACAGUUUAACAGCUCACUGGUUUGGUUUAUAGCGUGAUUGUGUGGUUUGAAGGUUGAGUGAGUUUGAUGAUUAAGCUGGAUUUGAUUAACACUUGGUUAUUAAGUGACAUUUAACAAACUUUUUUUUUUUCCCAAACCCAAAAGACUGAUAAGAAAAAAAAGAGUUCUAAUUUAUUUUUAACAUAAAUGAUAACUUGGAGUUGAUGAGGUGGAAAGUUUACAUAUAAUUCAUCUUCAAAAAUACAUCUCACAGGGCUGCAAUUAUGAGAAAAGGUGCACACGAGGCCAAAUUAAAGUUCAAGUUUUGCUUUCCUAAUUAGUUUUUUUUCCGAUAAGAUAAUUGGUGGAAAAAAUCGUUUCUCCUUUAAAGUAAUUAGGGGAAAAAAAAAAACCAAACAUCUGCCUUAUCUUUGUUUUAGAAACAGAUUCAGAUUCACAUUUGGCUCCUGCAAAAGUUAAGUUUCUGAACAACCUCUUUGUGCCGACAUUUAAAUUUAAAAAUGUCAGAUUUCAUCGCCGGGUUUCAGCGGGAGGUGAAAAAAAAACAAGCCUGCCACUGCAAAACUGAAAACUGCCGUAACCUGUUGAACGAGACCCGAGUGAAACUUCAGGACGAGAUCAGAAACAGGAUUUUGGUUCCUUGCGAGGAGGAGUCCUGCGAAUGCUCCCCUCACGCUCGCUGCAGAGUGGGUCACCGUUGAGAGGGUCAGAGGCCUGUUUUUGUUUCUCCCCUGCCCCGCGUCCUGCUGCUUGCCCCUUUUACCCCUCGUGAUACACACCUUCUCUCUCCUAUCCUUUCUGAAUCCCCCCUUUCUCCCCCUCUCCACUCUGAUCGUGUUUCCCUCUGAUAAAGAUCUCAUUACACACAGAGAGGACUUAGAGCUCGAGCCCCACUCCUCACAGAGAAGGAGAGAGGGACGACCAAUAAGAAAUACUUGCGGAAAGCAACUGGCUCACGGUGCUGUAAAGGCUCCCUGUGUCUCCCUGCGAGGACAGCUGCGUCUGCUUUUAUAUGUGUGCACUUCUGUGCGGACAUGUCUGUUGUUUCAGCGGUGUGCAGUGUCAGACUCUUCAUUUGGUUAUCUUGCUGAGGCACCUGGGCUCAAAAAGGGGCUCCAGCGCUUUAGGUUAUUUCGGGGAAAAAAUGCAAUUUUUCCAUCAUGGUUUUUCUCUCCAGAUGGACUCACUUUAUCCGCUGGUGGUUUGGCUGCCACAUCACUGAAAACUGAUCAUUCUGCUCUUUGUGUCUUCUGAUGCGUUCAUUUCUUUAUAUUCAUGCAGUGGUGAGCGUGUUACCCAGUUUUUCGGCCCCCUGCUUAGGGAUAAGAAGCAUUUGCAACAGAUUUUUUUACUUUUUUUCUUGUCUGCUUCGAGUCUCAUCUUGUCUUUGUGUCUAAGAGUUACAGUUGGUUUUCUUUUAAGGCAUAUCAUGGAGACUGAUUCACAAGCGAGAGCAGCUGAAUGCAAUGAAUCACUUGGAAUAAGAAUGAGGAGGAAAAGAUGAGUCAGUUCAUCGGUUUACUGAUCAAAAACAAUCAGCAGCAGCUUUGAUAGUCCUUCUCGAUUAGGCAACAUUGAUAAAAAUCUUCUUUCGCUGCAUAAAACCACAAGAAUCAUGAUGCAAAAAUUGAAAACAUGAAGAAAUUCGGUUGGGAAACUAAUGAGAGAAGUGUCUUAAGGUUUAUGUAUUUAUCUAGGGAAUUAAAAACCUCACAUUGCAAAAUGCUUUGUCGAAUCGAUUUAACAGCCGCCUACUGCAACAGAAUUAAACCAGAGUCGUGCUCAAAACUAUAAAGAUUAAAGGACUCUCUACUGUUGACACAUUAAUAACCACUCAUGGUUAUAAUUGGCUAAGUUGCCCACACCUAUAAUUAUUAAUGAAUCACCUCUUUGUGUUCAAACAAAAAGUUUUUGUUGUCAACUUCCUGCAUCAAAAUCAAAACUUCCCACAAAUCUGUUUCCAUUACUUGUCCAUAUUGUGGAGACUAAUUUAGUUAAAAUAUGACUGAAAAUUAAAAGAGUUGUUCCUUCGGCUUCAUGCCAGUCAUCACCUACCUUUUUUUUAAUCUUUAAAAGCAGAGAUUUAAUUGAUCAGACACUCACGUAGGCGUGACAGACGUGGGUUUAGGUUGUCUGUUGUGAGUCACUGAAUUAUGAGAAACCUGUUGAAACUUUUUGCCGCUCGUUUUAAUUACUGGUGUAAUAAAAUCACAUUAUUCAAGGCUCAAGUGAGCCAAAACAAACAUAAAGUAUUGGAUAUUUGGACUUCAUCCAGUAAUUUUCAUAAGUAGUCACUCAAUUAUUUUGUCGAGUCACUUGUAGCUCAUUUAAUUUUUACUUUUUAUGUGUUCCCUCUGCAAUUAAAAGACACUAAGUCUCUAUGAGAGGAACAAGUAUGAGCUUAUAGAAGUGAAUGAGUGCUUGAGAGAGCACGUCGUUGUGCCAUUGUUCUUUGUCCAGCCACAGUGGAGCAUUAAGGAAGUGUUAGAAGCGUGCCAGUGUGCCCUCUGUGAAAGUGUUGAGGGCUGAGCGGUGGACGAGUGUGGAGUGGCUGAACAGUAGCUUCCUUACAGGCAGUUAGCGACCCGGCUUCAUUAGACAGAAGCCUGGCUGGCAACAACCAGGAAGUUCCCAUCAGCUCCGAUGCUGCCAAGCAGAGGCACAGGCGUUGGUGCUGGAAGACUUCCCUUAAGAUCUCUUCUUGUCUGGGCCUCAGCUGAAUCAAGUGAGAAUGUCGAGAUGCAGAGUUACAGGAAGUGGGGAAAAGAAGUUGGGCAAAAGCGGGGAAAAGUCUGCCUUUUGUUUGCCAUCUUAGUUCUUUUACAUAAGAGAAGCUGAAAAUAAGGGGAUUAAACAGGAGAGGAAAGGAAGCUGAUGUAGAGCGUUGAAACGCGGCCCUGAGCUCAACCGCACAUCCUUUCAGUCCAGCGUAGAGCUCCCAGAUUACUUCCAUGUGUCAGUGCGAGGGGGAGAGAGAGGGAGAAAGGAAGAAAGGGGACAGUGAGAGAGAAGUUGAGCGAUUGAAAAGCGAGCGGACUGGGAUUGGUGGAGAUCAGCGUUGGUGUUGGACAGUGGAACGGAUCUAUGUGACAGCCAUCUCUAAAACCAUUACCCCUGCGGCUCCGACUCGGGAACUCGUAACCUCCUCCUCUGGACUGACCUCAUAGACUUAACUCUUUCUCAGAGAACCCCUCUGUGCUGUGGAGGCAGACCUGAUCAGACGCCAGGCCCAAGCAGCGGGCAGGCAACCUUUACAGCCAGCUGCACUGCAACUUCUGUAAGACGUCAUGAGUUGUCACGGGCAUACAGGAGACAAGGGAUCUGUUUCCCCCGCGUUUGUGACACUCCAAAGACUUUUGUGGGAGGUUUGUGUGCCAGCACUUUGGGGUAGGGGGUAAGGCAUUUCAACAAACUGACAAAAAUGGGAGAGACGGGAAUAGGAGAGCAUGUUUAUUGACAAAUAAAAGUCAUGGUUUUGUAGAAAAAUGUAGGCUGUAAAUUGUAGCCCAACUCUUGGUGGCUUUUUUGUCUUGCUCCAGUGCUGAGGGACAAAAUUACAAGCCCGUAAUUUAAAAUAUCUUUCAUUAAAGUCUAAGUCUGAGCUUAGUUAGUUAUUUUUGCAACUGAGGAGCUUGAAAACCUGCAAAAGCUCAAAAGAAUAGAGGUCAGAAACUAAAGGUAUACUUUGAGAUUGAAGGGUAACUUUUAAUGAAAUCUCAGGGCUCAAAAAACUUCAGAAAAAAAAGAAAACAAAACAGUAAAAGAAUAAAAACUACUAUUUACUUAAUUUCAAGUGUGAGUCAAUUUUUAAAGUAACCACUAAAUGUUUUGUGCAAACUACACAAAGUCAAAUAACCAACUUUACUAGUCUGUGUUUAGAGUUUCAAGUUUUUUAAUUAAUUAAAAUUGCACCAAAACCCAAUAGUAUUGUUAUUUUUCAAGUCUUUUAAGAAUCUGGAGCAAACAUGGAGAUUUAUUGAAAUGCUUUAUAUCAGGACAAACACUGAGCUAAAUUCUCCUUAUUAAAUUUAGUGUUUUUAGAUAAGGUAAAUGCCACAUACCAGAAGAUAAAAUAUCCCCAUGUUAUAUCUUGAAAAAUAUGGACACAGUUAGUAACUGGCUGGAGGAUAACCUAAUCUGUGGCACACCAUCACUCUGUCGAAGACGCUUAAAAAUACUGAGCUGACAUCAAAAGAUGUGACAUGUCUGACAUUCAAAAUACGGCAUCUGUCGUAUCUGAAGAAUUUCUUAACUCUACAUUCUGACAGUUUUAGAGGGGCCUCAUUCAGCAGAUUACAUAUGUUCCAGAUAUGAUAUUUCACAACGCAGCGGUCCCACAUACCUAGCUAGCACAGAGUUCAUCAUAUAAGUAAUACCCGAGCAAAGACAUCUCCAGCUUUUGAGGUAUUUUGAACAGUUAAAAGUAAUAGAGGAAAAAAUAACCAAAGCAAAAUGAAUUUUUUUUAGUUUUUUAAUUUAAAGAAAAACUCUCUGAAAAAGUAUGUUUCGUGAGUUUUUUUGGCCUCUUAUGAAACAUGCAAGCCAGAAAAAAGUCCAGUGAAUUAAUAUUAUCCCUUGUCAAACUUUCUUAUGCUAACUAUAGGUAGUGUUUUUUUAAUAUAAUAUAAUAUAAUAUAAUAUAAUAUAAUAUAAUAUAAUGCAAGCCUAUAAUAUAAUAUAAUAUAAUAAUAAAAUAAUGAAAUAUAAUAUAAUAAAGUUGUAAGUGUUGAAUCUCUUACCUGUAGCUCCUGCAGUGGAACCAAAGUGAGUCUAAGUUUUGUAACAGAUAAUAUUUUAUCAGAGACCGGAUGAAGCAUGACCAAAGCCUGCCUGCUCUGAACGUAUCAUUAAUGACCAUCAUGGAGCUCUUUGUUCACUGUUAUGAGUACACUAAUGGAGUGACAGUGUAAUUGAAUGGAGUGGUGGGAUAAUAGAAUGAUAAAACGAUAAAGUAAUGGAGUAGUGUGGUAGCAGCCCCUUUUUCCCAGGGGAUACCCCCCGUAAGUGUGUCAGUAUGGCAGAUGGGCGGUCUGUAACAAUCCCCCCCUCCCCAUGUUAAUUAUAAAGCAUCAUAAUCCAUCUAUGGCAUACAGAGGCAGGACAUGGAGACUAUUAGGGGGAGCAUGGAAAUGGCACAGUGUAUAAUCCUCAGGACUUUACCACUAUUAGGCUCCCCAGGCAUCGAGCAAAAACCACUCAUUUCUCCAGUAAUCUUGUUCCAGCAGUCCCUUUCUGCUCUGGGUGUGUGUGUGUGUGUGUUUCUGUGUGGUUGUAUGUGUGUGUGUGUGGCUGUAAAUUUUCAGAUGUUAACUGGAAGUUUGAUUUAUCUUUGAUUUUUACCCACUUUAUCUUUUUUUCCCACCAUGCCCACAGGCAAAGACAGGCAGCCUAAAAAGCAUUUGAGUUUCUGUGUGUGUGUAUGUGUGAGUGUGAGUGAGUGUGUGUGUGUGUGUGUGUAUAUGCAUGCCUCCGUUAACCCAUUCUGCCAAGUUUUGGCUCAGUCUUUUCUAAGCAAACUCCCAGCAUGAUCCCGGUCCCCCUUGUGCUGGUGAGAGGAGCAUGAAGAAAAGGCCUUUGGGGACUCCUGCAGGCUCCCAGGCCCGGGCCCGGCCCCUCCGCCCACAAGGGCCGGGCUUGGGAUUUGCUGCGCGCCGGGGCUCUGUGUGGCAGCUGUGACUGACGCUUCAAUCGCCUCUCCCCGGGACACCCCAGUGCAACCCUGCAUUCCCUUUCACACCUCGGAAACGGGGGAAAAAGACAAUUACACACAUAUUCAGCAACCUCCCUCUCUCAGUCUCUCUACAAUGCUGCAUUUCUGAUGUACGGCUAUUUACCAGACCUAUAAAAACAUUUCUAAAGUGUCUCUGUUUUGCGAAUAGGUCCCCUUUCCAAACAAAUCAUAAAUUAGUUUUGCUGUCUGAACAACCUGUCUGCUUUUUAUUAUGUAUUUUAAAUUGCUCUCUAUUUUAUUUCCAAGUUUUCUUUUCCUUAAGUAAACAGAACAACUAAAUUAUUUCCUUUGCGUUUCCCCGGAUAUUUAGAAAAUGUAAGUAAUGGAAAAAGAUUUGAGCCUAAAAGUAGAGUUAAUGCUAUCAUGUAUGGAUUGUCGGUAAAUUGAGUUUGUCUCUGGGCUAUUGGAGCAGGGGCUCGUAAGCCAGCGGGAUUUAAGUCUCUUAAUUGAAUUAUUUUGAUUGCUGACUUGAUUGAUGGAGUCAGAUGUGCAGCGUUUUCCAUGAGUUUUUGUCCGACUAAUUCUUCUUCCAAUAGAGCCAUACCAGACAGAUACAAUAGGAACCUGCAAUCAAUCACAACUGCAACCCCGAGCAUUUUGUUAGGAGAAAAAUGUGCCUGCCAUCAGGUCCGAGUUCCACAAGCCAACCAGACAACGUAAAAACCCACAAUGACAUCAGAUAGUAGAGCACUCUAAAGUCUAAUCUUCCCAUAAUGCCAUGCUAAACCCCACAGAGACCCACGGCAGGGAGAAAGGAUUUUUUUCAUGCCCCAGCGCUGCUCCUCCUCCCAUGGCCUCUGGCUCUGUGUGUGUGUGUGUGUGUGUGUGUGUGUGUGUGUGUGUGUGUGUGUGUGUGUGUGUGUGUGUGUGUGUGUGUGUGUGUGUGUGUGUGUGUCUAUGCAUGUUGAGAAGAGAAAAAGAAUUCAGACUGAAUGGAGAUGUCACUGUCAGACUCUGGCCUCCACAUGAAUCCGCUCCAGAGUGGCCAUAUUGGCAGCUUGUGUGUGUGUUGAGUGAGGAAGCCUGUCGGGGGUCUGCCGUUUCCCCUCCACGCCGACUUCUUACGGCUGUGAUUGGUGCGCAGCGGGACUCAGGUCUAUAUUUCAUCCCAUUCAUAUGAGGGAGGCCGUUUCAUCUCCCACACACAUGUUUCCCAUUAGAUGUGUGUUUAUUCUCCCCCAUGAUGUGCUUUGCCAUGGAAGCCUCUCAUGUCCCCGAUAUUGGAAAUAGAAGUGAAGGUCUGCUAAAGCAAACACAAUAUCUCAAACUUCUCUUCUCUCACUUUUAUGAAGUAUGCAGAGAAUAAGACUGAGGGCAGCUCUGCACUGACUCUAUUUAAUGAGUAACCGUGGUAGUGUUUCCUCUUAAGGCUCUGUAAUAUAAUAUUUCACACUAUGAUUUUAACAUGCUUAUCUUAAUAUGGGCUGCUCUUUCAGCACUCUGCUGUCUCAUCUUCCCUUUUACCCCUGCACUGAAUAUGUUGACUACUUUUAGCUAUUCUCAUCAUCUGUCUCUCACGUCCCCCUACUGCGAAACAUGACAGCACGAACCUCCACCACAUCACUCCUCUCUUCUUUUCUCCCGUCUCCAAGAUGAAAGCUCUUCUUCAGCAGACAAACCUCCGUGAGCCCUUCCUGCGCGCCCGGCACAUGCUUGUGUUGCCGCUUUUAGUAGCUGUGUUUGCUGCAUAUUCUGAUUUAUUUAUACAUCUCUGAUUGUAGCACCUUGUGCAUGUCAAGAAUCUCAGAGUCUGCACCUCUCCAUGAGCAUUAUGCGGCCUGAGUCAAAUUCUUAUUUGAAAUAUACAUGAAUGCAUGAAUUUAUUUAUCGUAGAGAAGGCCCUGUGCAUUGGAGAGUCUCAUUUCCUGUAGUGGCCCUGCUCUGGAAUGGAGUGGCGUGAUCCUUGAAGGCGCCCCACAUGCGGCCACCAAAUAGAGCCGGCUGGUGCACCGCUCACACAAUGGAAUGGUGGAGGGAAGGGAAAUGAUUUGGCUCCUAUUUGAGGGGCUGGAGCAGUCGCUUCAAAGCAGCGUGCCUGGCUGAGGCUUUAACCGGCCUUCUCUCUGCAUUAGAUGUGCGUCCUGUGAUGAGCCUUUGAAGGGUGCGGGCAGCUCUGGCUGGGAGAUUGCGAUUGCCUUGCACGGGUGUUGGGGUGCAGGGCCUUGAAAAGAGACUUGCAAAGGCACUGGCUUCAACAGGAUUGUGGUGCUCCACUCAGCGUAGCUUAAAGAGGGUCGACUGAAACGUGUUGACCCCUGAGUCGCAAUGUGACGAGGGGAACAGCGGCUGUGUCACGUUUGGAUAUCCCUACAUACACACACAUUUAUAUCACAGCGGAAGUUAGUGUGUGUAUACUAGCUCAGGAGUCAGCUGUGGUUGCCUUGUACAGAUUAAGCUUUGAGUGUGCAUUACAGAUGGCUGUAAUAAUGAUCAGAUAGCCCUUGUAAUGGAGACGGCCUAGUUUGUAAUGGCUUCCUAAAACAACACAUGGAGCGUCUUUACGAGGCCACAAUCCGCCCGGUUAUCGCAGAGCAAACUGUGUGUGUGAGAAUAGUAUCAUGUCAAACAAGCUAUUUAUUAGCACACACAUCACACACAUUUCAUUUUAACACCGACAGCCUGCAUCUUGCCUGCGCUCGGCUUGUUAAAGGCGAGUGUUAUCAGAGGAGACACAGACUCCCGCUGCACCAGUUAGGCCGUCCUCCCCUUUUACAUUCACUGUUAAUGAGCCUAAUGAUGUGUGUCUCCGCGAUUGCAUCAGUCAAUAUGCUGUUCAAUAUGGGUUUUAGAAACCCACUGACAACUUAAGCAUGUCCGCCUGGAUAAGAUCUCCCAUCCAAGGGAGAAAAGAAAGAGUAACUAAUUUGUCUUGGAUUGGAUGGGACAUGUGUAGCUGUCUUAAACAAUCAUGAGCUGAGAUUGUAAGCAGAGAAUAGACCUGUCACUCAGAUUCUCUGAUAAGAAGCUGCUUUUUAAGUCACAGAAGGCAGCUGUGUAUUAAAACACCGUGUCCCAGUUAUAACAGGCGUCUGGUGCUUUGUUAUAUGGAGAUUUGUUGUUUGUUUGGUGUGGAUAGUUUUCAGCCUUUUUUGGGUCUUUCUGUUGUUUCUCUUUUUGAUUUCUAUGCAGUUUUUGUUUCAGUUCAGUUUUUAUAGCACAGAAGGGGCUUAGCUGCAGUUUUAUUUCAUUUUAUGUCAGGAGGUGUUUAGUAUGUUGGAGACGAGGGACAUUUAGCUUUAUGCUUUAUCGCAGAGUUGCCUUAGGAGUUUAAUAGUCUCUGAAUAGUGAUUACAGAUGUGCCUUUUUCAUUUCUUCCUCGCCUUUCUAUUUUUAUUGCAUUUGGCUUAUUAGUCACAUUAGUUAACGCGGCUUUCAACACCAUAGCGUUCUCUCUGUUUUUUCACAUUAAGUUUAUUGUGUAAAUGCUGGUUUCUUCCCCUGAUAAAAAACGCACACAGAGCCCCUUGUGACACUGAUAAAAGCUGUUUCUUUUAUAAACCACACAGCAUUUGAUUGAUCUGUCCUUUGGUCUUGAUCCCUGAGCUUGGCUGAUUAAAGCUAUCCAUCAGUUUCUCUUAUCAGCGCCCUAACAGAUCGACCGCAGGACUAAAACCCACGCAUUGUUGUAACACAGAAGAAGUCAAAGGCUAAGGACAGGGAGGGGACAGUUUAACCAGAAAUCCUCCCCACAAGGCACGAUGAACAAAGACAAAAAUCCCCUAUUUGUGUUUUUUUAAAGAAACCACUUUAAAAUAAUGCUUUUGAGAUAUGUAUCUGUCAUGCUAUUGUCAUGAGUGUACGCUCAUUUUUUACACAUGUAGUACUGAACUCUGAAUGUGGUCGAACAGUGGCAGUGCAGAUUGGGACAAGAGUGUUUCCUCUCAAGAGGGGAAUCACAGAGUAACGUUUCCUGUCCACCGAGUGUCAGCUUCCCACCAGUGGUACGACCCUGCCCUCGGUCACAACUCACAUAGACAUCAUCCAGAUAAUGACAUCUCUUUCACUGACAGGCUGUCAGUCACAUGCCUCUGCAAGUAUCGACUCACAAACGCACACGCACACACACAGAGAGACUUGGCCGUGCAGGCUUGCUCUCGUGCUCACUUGAAAACGAGGGCAGACGAGCACGGCCUCAGUUAUGAAUCAUCUGAAUGAUUUGCAAGUCAAAUAGCCAGUUUCAUAAGAUGUGCCUGUUAUUUUGUGAAAUAAAUUUGAGUUCCUCGUCUUCCGGAUGACUGUUAAAGCAAAUACAUCAAGGCGACUAAAACGUGGAUGAUUGCGUGUCACUUUGCUCUCAUUUAUCUGCAAGCAUCUAUUACCAUCAUGUUGUCAACUCAAUGAAAACAACAUCGGAAAAAGCCAACAGAUGGUGCUUUUAGAAUUCACAGAUGUAUGAUUUUGGGACAUUUUGUUAAAGAUAAACCCCUGUUUAUCUUAAAGCUUAUCUUUAUUUGCUUAAUUCGUUUAGGGUUUUAACGUCCGGAAAACAAAUGAUAUCAUAGUUGAACAUAAACACAGCUUUUUUACGGUGGAUAACGAUCAGAUCACAGCCUGCACUUUAGUGUAUUGUCACGUUACAGCAUGUCAAAAUCAGAUAGUGCUGAAGUUUGCAACUUGCUGCCUUAUCAAGAAACAAUCAACCCAAGUUUACACAGCCAGAAACUCACGUUGAAAGAAGAUGGUUUAUUGAAAUCCUGUCAUAACAUGCCUCUCAGAAGCAGGUGUGGGCCUGCCGGCUCGCCUACUUGCUGCAAGUCAUUUUUGGGGGGGAGGGGGAUUUUAACGCUCCCCAAAUGCCAGACGGGAAAAGUUUCCUGCAUGGCACAUUCAUUAACCUGGUAUCCUGCUAAUCUCUUGGCUAAUUCAUUUAGUUCUCCAAGCACUCCUGUGUAUUAAUAUCCUUCCUCGCCGCAGCUCGUGGGAUGCAGUAGGAGCGUAGCCAUGGCGAUGAUUGUGUCAUUAUUUUGCAGUCAGAUGAGUGAUAUCCCAGAGGGCUGGAGCUGGGUUGUCCGGGCCAGUUGAGAGCGUCUGAUUAGAAUUGCAAAUGGCGGCCAAGUGUUGUGUUUAUUGUGUGUCUCAAUAUUGGAGACAAUCAGGCGAAUCAAAGCCCUCAGCUGGAGAGAUGGGGCUGAGGCACGGUGGGCCUCUCUGGUUGGCACCAUGUCCUCAGUGCUUGCACAGUGCUCCCUCCCUCUUCUUCUUUCUGUUGCCUCCUCUCCUGGUCGACUCUGCGUGUGUUUAGGUCCUGAAGUACGUGGACGCAGCUGGAGAAAGAAGAAGGAGAGACAGGGAGAGCCACUAAAUCUUGGGCACUCAAUCAUCUGUAGUGUGGCGCUCCACUCCCACAGCUGAGAAAUAUUAAACACGCUUUAUGAUAAUGAAAGCUCCAGCGACAGACAUAAAUAUCAGGGGCAAAGUGCUGAAGGAUUAAAAUGUCUUGUACGUUUGCUCAUAACACAAAUUUGUCAUUGAUUUCAUUGCUCCUAGAAUCAUUAGAGACAGAACUAUCAGCUUUCCAUCAGUGGAAUUUCUUUUUUUUUUCUCCUCUGAGGCCUGUCUGUGAUGAGGUAUAUCAAGUCACAUAUAAAGGGCUCAGGAACAUUUAGAUGUCUGCAUGCAUCUCUGGUGUCAGGCCCUGCAAAUGGAACCUAUUGGCAGCGCGCCCUUGUUAUGGCUGCGUGACAGACUGUGGUGCAAAGUGCCCUAAACACACAUUUUAUCCGCAAAUCACUUGUGAAUUGUUCUUCCUCAACGAUUGGCCAUUACCCCAUUAUUGACUCACUGUUUGUUCAAGAUUCGGUGAAAUCCAUCUGAAAGCCAUCCAGCGCUGUUGUAUAGACAGGAAGCUAGUGUUUUAGCUCAGCGUGUAAUUCACUCUGUCAGUUGCACACAGAGAGGCCUAUCCUCUCUUGUUUCGCUACUGUUGGCUUUUUAAGAAUGUAUGUGUAUGUAAUGUACUUGCACAUGCAGGAAUGUGUAUGUGUCUGUGUGAGCUUGUGCACUCAUGCAUGCAUAUGUCCCUGUUGGAACACAGGAUAAUUCCUCAGGUCAUACAUGCUCCCCAUAUAGCACCGCAUGACCAGUCACAACAGGCAUGUGUGGGGCCCAGGUACGGGCAUGCACAGAGAACAGGUAUUGCUACAGGGAAAUGACUGUUAAAGCUGAGGUUUAUUGCACCACACACGUUCUCUCAAGCUCGGGACGCUGAAGGCUAAAUGAAAAACUAACUUGAGAAGAACAUGUCCACACUGUCUGGGGAAAUCACUCAGAUUUACAGGGAUCUUACUGCGACUCUGCCACGACCAUCAGAAGGCCAACACGUCUGAUCAAGAGUCGCCAGCAAUGGAAGGCAAGAGUCAGAGUGAGAAGCUGCAGCUCGCGGCCUGUUCAGACAGCCCUGUGCGCCGUCUAGCUUGACAAGCAGUUGAUGAGAGAUCCCUACAAUAGUGUGUGUGUGUGGAAGGAGAAAAAGGAGAAUGCUUGAGUGUGCGUCAGAUCGCCGACGUGGCUGUUUGUGAGUGUGUGAAACCGAGGAGAGAGUUCAUGAGGUGACAUCUCGUCAGCUGUUUGACUUUCCCAGUUUCCCAGGGAAGCAGUUUCAAGAACAAUGCAGAAGAAAAACCACCAACCACUACAAUUGAAAUACCACAUGAAAAAAAAAAAAGGACCCAUCGGUGUUUGUUGGUGUCUGAAUUAUUGCCGUUGCUUGAGAUUGGAGACAGGGGAAAUGUGUGAGUGACUGCACUGUGCUUGUAGCAGACACAUAUCACCUACUGGACUCCUCUACCCAUCCAUCUCCCAGCACUCCUCACAAAAGCAGGAAUACAUUAAAAAAGAGUGAGUCAGGAGGGAAGGGGACGCAAGAUAAAUAUUGUGUUAGUAUUUUCCCUCCCUCUCCCGUGCAAUUGUCUUGCACAUUGACAGAUGAACAAUAGAAGUAUUUUGAACUUUGCUGCAUGCUAUCUUUUACGUCGGGGUUCAGAACCGAGCUGUCAAAGCCAGACGUGUUUUGUCAGAGAUUGAUUGAUUGGCUUUCUGUGCACCAUGUCUUCCCUUUGUUCUCUCAGUAAGGCUGGGGUUUCUCUCUGGUAUUCGAGACUUCUCGUAGCUGUGUCCUAUUAACACCUGUUAACUGCAUACAGACUCAUAAAGUAUCGAUUGAGUGCCCCCUUGAUCAUAAAGUGUUGCCAUAAAAUUCAAACUCGAAGCAGUUCAUUCUAUAUCCCAAAAAUAGACCAACCCGAGCCCCACUGGAGCAGAACUUGUGCUUAAGAUGGAGAAGGCAAAAAAAUAAUAAUCCUAGGAUCUGGUAUCAUAUUAUUACUGUCACAGAAAUAGUUUGACAUUUUGGGAAAUACACUUUUUCUUUCUUGCACAAACUUCGACAGAACAUUGCUGUAACUCUCAAGACUGCUGCUAGCUUAAGUUUUUAUGCCUCAAAACAGUCCGCCUGGCUGUGUCCUCAGCUGCCUACCAGCAUCUUUGAAGCUUAUUAAUUAACAUAAUAUCUCAUUUGUGUAGAAGCUGAAGUAUACAAUAGACACUUAGAGUGUUACAGGUGCUGCUGAUCAGACUUUGUUAACUUAAGGCAGAGCCAGGCAAGCUGUUCUCCCGAGAGUUUUUCUAAUCUUUAUGCUGCUAAGCUAACAAGCUGCUGGCCUCAGCUUUGUUAAAACAGAAGAACGGUUUGUUAGUCAGUUAUUGUGGUCACCGCGGGGCAUAAAAAAAAAAAGCUCCUGGGAUGAGUUAACAGAACUUUACAGAGAAGCUUUACAAAACUAUAUUUAACUUAACACUGAGCAGCAUUUGUUCAGACAGGAAAAUUCAGGUUCUCCCAUUGCAAAUAAUUAAAGGCUUCAUAACUUUUAAUUGUUCCGAAUGAAGAGCUAUCUCACUUGCGGUCCUGAACUCUUUUCAUCAACUAAUGUCUUAAUGUCUUUGUCUGCUGGGAGGAGGAUUGAUUGACAGGUGACUUGGCCAAGGCAAGACAUGACAAGUUUAUUUAGACAGCGCCGUUCAUACAAAGAGCAACUCCAAGUGCUUUACAGAGUUAAAAACAAAACAGUAAUUUUAGCAUUAGAAAAAAAUACGACAUUCAGUGUCAGACAUAAGAAGCAAAUAUGAACUAUUUCAAAAUAUAAGAUCAAGCAGUUAAAAAAAGAAAGAAGGCAAAAGUGACAAUAAACUAGAGAUGCACCAGUUAAUUUUUUUCCCUAUUUUUUUACUUAAUAUUAUUUAUUAACAAAUAACAAAUUGCGCAUUAGCACACAUCAAAAAGAAUUAACAAUUCCAUGUAAACAUUUAGUGCAAAAUGAUAGACUAUAUAGAGCGAACAGAAUCGCUGUGUUGCUGUGUAUAUUAAUUAAAAGGAAAAAAAAGAUCAGAACACUGGAUCAGCACCAUUCAUCAGCUGUCUGAUCCAGUUAAUUUGUCAAUACCAGAGCCGAUAUCCAAUCCAAAUAUUGGAUCUGUGCAUCCCUAAAAUAAACUUGAAUAGGUUUGGUGAUUACCCAAGUAUAACUGACUCUGUGUACCUACCAGUGUCACAGUUCUCAGAAGCCCUAUUCAGAACUUUACAGUUACAGAUUUACCUGCUGGUCUCACCACAAUCAACAUGGAUACUGUGAAAAAAUCCUCAAUGUAGGGACUGUCAGGCUAAGAUCAACUAAAGCAUAGAUACAAGAGGAUUAUGAGGGGACAGAAGGUAAUCUUCUUGAUCACCUGAAUGUUUAUUGCACAGUUUUGAGAGUGGUGUCAGUUUUCUAACUUUGGGCGAGAGAACAAAGAAGUAAACCGAACAUGUGGAGGGAGAAAAAAAUCAUUAGUUAUGUGUCAGGUUUGUAUGGGAGACAUCUUCAGGCUGAUUUGAUUCCCAGAUGUGCCGGAGUCAAAAUACAGCUGAGCAAGGAUCUGAUCCUCCUUCCCCCCUGGUGUGCCUGAGAGCCAACUCAUUCCUUCCAUGAGUUAGAAAAUUUAGCUAACUUUAGCUUCUUACCGUUGCCUGACUCUCAUCUUCAAUAAGCUUUUCACUGUGCUUGAUUACUCAGUCCGAAGCGGCCAUCCCUGGAGGAAUUUUUAACCAUGCUCAGAUAAGAGGGCAAUUGUGAAGAAUUGAAUUUAACCAUGACUGGUUGAAUCUUAGCCAAACUGAAUUUAAGUAACUUGUGUAAGAAAUAAAGCUGUAAGUGUGUGUUUAUUGGUACAUGUGAUCGGCUGAUUAGGUUGCAACAUUAAAAAGGCUGUUUUUCUGAGAAAUGUUUUCCACGGGCUGAUCGAUGAGGUUACAGAUACAGAGCAGAAAAUGGCCGCUGGUUAACAACCCAGGCAAGCUGUGUGGGUUUGAUAAUGGUUACGAUUCCUUUUUCUCUUUAGCUUCUCCAUCGCUUUCCCCAAGUGGGAGUGAAACACAAUCUGGGUGAGUUAGAGAGUUGCUAUUGUUCGUCUGGGUGGUUCUUCUGCUCAGCACUGAUUACAACCUUGCAUCCUGGUCCAGCUCUUGACUCUCUGCUCUGCAGCUCCUCGUCCUGAGGGAUUCCUCUCGGUACGGCUGUCCAGCCCCCCGAACCAUACGCGUACACAUACCAACUCUGGCACGUUCAGGGUGUCUGGCACGCUAUCACACACACAAAAACACACACACACACCCUCACCCACUCCAGCACGUAUGACCACACGUAUAUCAGCACACAGAGUCACACAAACAUGCUCACACAUACAGUGGGUUCGGGCCAGGCGGGUUUGGCAGCGACUGUAGACUGGGCCUGUGGAGAGAUCUUUACGGAGCAUGCAGAGCCCAUCUGUGGCUGCUCCUCAGUGAUGGGAGGCAGCUGGCUGUGUGCGUGUAUGUGUGUUUGUGUAUGUUUUCCUGUGUGCGUGUGUGCUAUGUCGUGGCCAGGGAAGAAGAAGAGGAGAAGGGGGGAGUCUUGUGUGUGUUUGUGUCACAGAACAACUCCAGAAUGAGGGCUAAACUCAAGCUGAAACUGACCCAAACUCUCUUGUCUUGCGGAGCCAAACCUUCCCUUCCCCUCUCUCCUCUUCCUCACCCCCUGGCCCUCCAGCUGGAAGAGCUCAGUCCCUGGGCUCCCGGAUGAAUAAGUGGGGAUUCAGAGAGCAACAGUCUGGGCCUUCUCUUGCUGUCAGUGAUACUGUGGAUGACGUUCAAUCACGACCGCAUACACCCAUGCUCGCUUAACUCCCCUGCUCUUAGAAAGGGAUGGGCUCAGCAUGGACAGAAACCACAGAGGCCAUAAGAAGAAACAGAUUAUGCUCUUUCUCCUCCCUAAUGACUUCUGACACUCCUUUCGCUCAACAGUCCUCUUCAGCAUGUUCCUCUAGCAACAACGUCCACUUCUGUCCUCCUCGUGGCAAGGCCAUCUGGGCGUCAUCUUGUUAGCUCAUUACGGCCGCGGACGGUGUGAUGCUAGUCCACCAUGUGACAGUGAUCGAGGGCUAGCAUACAGAGCCUGUUUAGUGAACUAGCCGAGUAUGAGAGGUGUGUUUCUGCCUCGCUCAUGUGUGUGUGUGUGUGUGUGAUAUAACUCGCCUGUGUGCAACUGUUAUGAGUCACGCUGAAUGUGAUUUGCUCUGCAUGCCAGCGUGUUGACUGAGCUAACUGAAGCUAGAGAGUGUUUGUCUGUGUCUGUGAGAGAGAGAGGGUGUCUGUGUUCACACGUACAAAAGCAGUUCUCUGCAGGGUGGAAUUCAGGAUAUUCUGUCUGUCUUUUUUCCUCUGACAUCUUCAUUUGUGCGCCUCUAAUGGGGACAGCAUGGAGGGAAAAUACCGAGCUUUCUGCUUUCCAGCAACUCACCGUUGCCAAGUCUGGAGUUUAAAUGCAACUUGGACUGAGUUUAUAGUUUAUCCAAUACAACUACCCGUUGGCGAGCUUGUCCUGCUUUUCUAUAAUAGGGGUCAAAUCCUUCCUGCUUUGCUAAACAAUUCUGGAGCCAGAUGGGCCUUGUUUUGCUUAAUUUCAGGUUCCUAGUGUGUGUUCGUGUGGCUGUGUGUGUGUGUGUGGCCUGCGCCAGCAUUGAGGCGACUUGUUUACCGUGUUUGACAUGUGAGGAAAUCGUUUUGUGUACACUGCGGGGCGCGUGUUUAUGUGUGUGUGUUUACAGUCAGGCCCUCCUAAGAACAUCUUCCCCUGCGACAGCCUGACAGAAGCCAGUUAUGUAUACAAGUACUCGGGUCGAGCCCCGGGCUAUGAGCGCAGAACUAUGACCCAACUCCCCAAAGCGUCUCUUCAAACUGUGCAGGAAUACCGGCCGGACUCGUUCCAGGUCUGUUUGUCAUGCAGUCGCCACCUCACGUGACCCCCAAAGUAUUACAAAUGUGGCGAAUAUCUGUGAAGCUGAGCAAACACGCGGACACUUUGGUGAUGUGCCUUCCUUGAAGAGCGAAAUGAUCACACAGUGUCAACAUCUCUCAGAGGAUCUUAACCACACAUCAAGAGGGAAGCCAUUUCAGAAGCUGCAGCUUGAAUGUUUCCAUUGUGAGGCUGAGCCAGCAUGUGGCUCGCUCUAUCUUGAUGGAUCUGAGAGCGGUUUAAGACUGAAACAGUGCCUGCUAGCAGACAAUUAUUUAAUAUCGAUCGGUUUGAAUAAGAACAGGAUGUAUUUGUACCCUGUGAUUACACAAAACGUAGACCGCCUCAGGCCAGUGGGUCGGUGGUAAAUCCCCACCAUUAUAUAUAUUACCCAACGGCUCAACGACAAUGCUCUUUGCAUAACACGGCUUUGUGCUCUUUACAGACUUAACUGUAACCCUGUCAUGAGGGUGAAUUACUGUAAUAUUUCCAGAGAAGCCAUAAAACCUAUCAUAUGGGAUAUUGAUGGAAACAGCUGUAAAUAUGGGCGCAGUAUGGAAAGUGUCAUCAUCGGUAAUAACAGGGGAGAAGUGUCCACACUGAUUUUGUGGAUAAUGUAAGACAGAAACGAUAAUUAGCGAGGGAAAGCUUUCCCGGUGUGAUAAUUGCCAUGCUGUGAGCAGAGGGAAUAGAGUACCUGUUGCAGAGAUGAUUGCGUGAGCAGAGUCAGUUUGUUUACAGAUGAUGCACUUCUGUGCUUUAAAGGACAGUGAGAUAGAGAGAUAGAGAGAUAGAUUAAGUGCGGUGCUGCAGAAACAGAUGGACACAGGCAGAAGUACACCUGUAUCUGGUCUGUUGGCAUGGUAUAGACAUGGGUCGCCAUGUGUAUAGUCCAAGAUAAUUGAUUCGAAUUAUAUGUGAGACAUGUUCAUGCUGCUGCUCGGGAGGAACAAAUCAAUUUGACACCACUCUGUUGAUAUGAGCUUUUUCUGCCUCUUUCUCUCACAGUUUCUGUGUCUCGGGUCCUUCCUUUCAGCGGCCGAGGCUGCCUGCCAGUGCUACACUCGGGGCAGAGGCCUGAGUUGACUGGACGGGGGUGGAGAGCACGGGGGGAAGGGUUGGUUUGAGGCUCUGUAAGGGGCUCUGAGUGGGCCCGAGUGUAGGCGGCGUUUUAUAUGAAAGUCGGCGAGGGCAGGGCGCCUGAAUAGGGGUGGCUGGGAAGUUGUGCUGGGAAGGUCCAGGAUGCACCCCACAGUGCUUUUGUGUGCUCUCACAUCCGUGUGUGUGUAUGUGUAUGGGGAGGUGGGGGGGCAGUAGCAUAUGUGAGAUCAUGUGCUCAUAUUCACCAGUGGAAUGUAAAAAGAGAGAGGAGGGGGUUCUCCUCUCGCCUCUCUUUUCCUCCGCUUCGUUGUUUUCUGUUCUCUCUCUGCUGUGCUGUAGCCGAGCCCUGUUUGUAUAAGCUCUUUACAGGAUUGAGCGCGCUGAGGAGCCAUCCAGAUGAAACAAAACCAACCUCAUUUGGUUGUUUUGAAAAUGAUUCUCUUUAUUUUGUUUGGUUCGGGGAGAUCCACCUCGUUUGACAUGAGGGGAAUAAAGGGGCUCACCCGUUCAGGGUCAUUUCCCAGAAACAUCGUUUGUAUCUGCACGGCUCUUCCUCUGUGCACCAAACUUCUUUCAUCAACAGGUCUCCAGACAACAUGAAUGAAAGACGCAAUUCAACCUCUCUUUUUCCCCCCUUUUUCCCUUUCGACCUUCUCAAAAGUACAAUAAUCUUCAGUCACUCGUCUCCUCCUCUCCAUUGCGUGGCUGUGUGUAGCACCGGAGUGGGGCUGAUUAAGCCAACAGAGAGACAAACGGGAGACAAAGUCCCAACCCACCAGUUUAGUUUCACAUCCUGGACUGGAGCUGGGCUGCAGCUUGCCAAGUGGAGGGCUUUUAAACUGGGCUAAACACUAAUUGCUGCCCUAUUUCUUUUAUGUUGCUUCUUUCCCAUCUGCGAUGGCGCUUCCAGACCUCCACAGCAGCCAGAGCCUCAUUAUAGCAGACAGUUAACAAAGGCUGGGAAACAGAAGCAGAGAAUUCACUUAGGAUAGCUAUCUAACCGCCAAGUAGGAGGCCUGCUCGGAAAAUUGAAUCAAUGACAGGGGCCGGCUUGUGAUUAAAUCCUUCAGGGAUAUUAAGAUAUUAUGAUUUUGGAAAUCUUAAUUAUUCAUCUAAAUUGUUGCGGCUCGCUUUGAUAAUGGAAUAAAUGGACUGUAAAACAAGAAUCGGGGGUGUAAGUCUCAAUGUUUUCUUUGAGAGUGGGGUUAUUAAAGUACUUUUUAACACUUUGGAAACAAAACAUUUUAAAAAAGUUGCCAACGAUUCCCCACAAACAAACAGAAAAACACCUACUUGUGGAGUGAAACGCAUCAAGGUCUAAUUGUGAUGUUUGCCUGGUGUUUCUUUCCCCCCUCUCAUGUUUGAUGCUUGUUUUUCUGUAGGUGUUUUUUUCAUGUGUAGAGAGAGAGAGGGGGAGUGAGGGGGAGGAGGGUGAGAGAAAAACAGAAUGAGGAAAAUGUUGAAGAGGUGAAUGAGAGGGAAGGAUAAAGCUAGAGGGAAUGAGAUUGGGGAGUAGAAAUAGAGGGGGCUGAGAUUGGGGGGAUUGAGGGAGGAAUAGAGUGGAGGUGGGGAGGAGAGGGGUGGUCAGCAACAAAGCCUAAUGUUGCCAUGGAAACUUGUUUAUGCCUCACUGAUGCAUCUUGUAGAUCCAAUUAGAGGCUGAUUGUGUCUGUGUCUUCAUAGAAACACGCACGCGUACUCUGGCAUAGUGCGCAUGCACAUACACACUCACACACACACACACAAAUGAAUGCAUGAAAACAUAUGUAUGCCUAUACAAGCAUACACACACACACAGACACAGACACACACACACAUCUGAGGCACAUGCAGAGUGUUGCUCCUGAAAAGCAGCAAAUUGUUAGGGAGGCCGGGACAAAGGACACCCCGCGUUCCUGCUCUUAUCAGCCCUUGAAUUAGCGCAACCCCUCCUCUCACCCCGGCUCCCUCCUCACCCCCAUGAUCAUCAGACAAUAGCGUGGAAAUAACGUCUCACCCGCUUCCAAGCCUGGUAUUAGAGAUCCUAUCCACACUUGCUUUCAUGACAUCAUAUUAGGGGGGAAAAUGGGGGCCUGACGGAUGGGAUUUUGACCGUUUUGCAAAUUUCAUGUCGCAUUUAUCUCUUUUGUGAAUGAAGUCAUUUAUUUGGUAAUGUCCCUGUCCAAGAAGAAUGGCCAUGAAUGUUGAAAAGGCCUUAAUCCAAUCAUGUUCAUUUUCAUGGGGGGUAUUUCUUCAGAAAAUGGGACUUUUUAAAUGAUCAUUUCUUACAAUGGCUGGCCGUUAGCCAGUGUUUAACAUCAGAUGAGGAGGGAUGGCGAUCGUAAUCCCCCCCUACACUCAUACACUCUUCUAUCAGUCUCUUACAGGAGGCAUCACAGUCCUCCCUUCCCCGGGCCUGUCUGAAGAGCCAGUUAUUUAGUGGUGAAAUGAUGUGUGUGAUGAUGAAAUGAGGGGCUGUAGAUAAGGUGAGAUUACUCUCCGAGAGAAAAAGAAGGCAGAGACAGAGAGACAGAGAGGGGCCCGGCCCCUGAUGUCUUGUUAAAACGUAAGGGAUCAGAAAGAACAACAAAUGCAUUGCGCGCUGCUAAAUCCUGCUUAAAUCCGCUGGCAUGGGCAGAUCUAGCAGAUAGCCCCGCUGCUGUGCUCGCUGUCUGCGACCACGACACACACACACACACACACAUACACACAAGUACAUAAACACACCCGUGGUCAGUCCGGCUGUCUGGGUUAAUGCUUGGCUAACUGGGACAGCAGAGCUGAACCAUGUUGACAUUUUAAGCCUCAAACAAGUCCAGAACAAUGAUUCAGCCCGUCUGCCCCCCCCCCCAUCCUCCCCCCACCAGACCACAACCUCAGCCCAUUUCGCUGACAGACGCACACAUACACACACAUGCAGACGAGCAUAAACAUACACACCACUGCCCAAACACACUGCAAGUACCGAGUGUACCCCCGCCCCCUCUUUUCACACACACUUACACACACACAGUGGGUCUCCUCCUGUUUUCCACCUUUUGUGAAUAAAAGAGAACAAGCGCUGAUCUGAUUGAGCUGGCAGCAGAGAGCGAGGUGGAGAGGUACAGUAAGGCCAGAUGGAUUAUCUUAAUCCCCCCACUAGAUGAUCAUGGCAGAGGGAAGAUGAACCCGGAAGCCUUAACCCCCCGGCUGACCCCCACAAAAUGUUUUCUUCCAGAAACGCAGCCUUCUGAAGUAGGAGCAGCGAAGGUAUUACGCUGAGAAACUGGACUUAUAUGGAACUCCAAAAAUAUGAAAAAAUAAUCAUUGGCAUACUUUGGAUGUAAUCCUAUCUCUAGCCAUUCCUGUGGCAGCCAUUUUGUAUUUGGCCAUUUUGUUUCCCUCUUUGGGCUCUUUUGGUAUGCUUUGAUUUGGAUCCAAGAAUGAAAAGAAACUUUAGAGGAUUUGUGUGAAAUGGUCUGUCGACUAAAGUUGAACGCUGUCAAGCUGCUACAUGUAGUGUUUUUAGUGGGGCCAAAUUAACUGAGCUUUGCCUAAAGCCCAUGCCAGACAAAUCUAAACCCAUAACUCUUAUAGCUCAAAGUCUUAAGACUGUAUAAACUGUUGUUGAAUUAUGCGGGUGCUUUUCCAGAUUUCUUUUAUCAUGUGUUCAAAACAGUCCGUCUUUUUUCCCCCCCUGCAGGUUUUUGGCUGGAAAGGGCCUGGUCAUCUAUCCGGACAUUGGGGACAAAUUGGACAUAAUUUGUCCCAAAGCGGACCAGGGCAGAGAUUAUGAAUACUACAAACUGUAUCUGGUGAAGAGGGAGCAGGCGGAGAGCUGCAGUACAGUCCUGGAUCCUAAUGUCCUGGUCAACUGUAACAAACCUGAGAAAGACAUCAAGUUCACCAUCAAAUUCCAGGAGUUCAGCCCAAACUACAUGGGCUUGGAGUUCAAGAGAAAUGUCAACUACUACAUCACCUGUAAGUGUGUCAUAAAGAAUGAUUUAUUGCUCAUAUUUAGCUCUCCAACCUUCAUUUAACCAGAGAAGCCUGGCUGAACAAUCGGAGUAAUAAUGCCUGCUUCACACUCAGUUACACACAGUCACACUCGGGAGUCUCCCACUAAAACUGUAUAUUAAUGUCUGCUGCUGUGGUUCCAUAGAAACAACUGGAGCUAUGGGCUUUGCUUAUGAUACAGAGGUAGCCGACAUUUGGAAGCAAAGUGUGGCGAAAGAUACAAACCGACAACCUGAGCUUGUACCAGCCAAGUGCUGAGAUAAAAAUUUAAAACAUCAAAAAAAUCUUUCAGUCAGAAGCAGGUCAGCUGGACAUGAAUUGGGGAAUUCAAGGAGAACUUCACGGUCUGUGUGGACACUCAACCUCCUGAAGUGUGUUGAAGAAAACCAUUCAAUUUUAAAGAACACAGGAAGGGUAAAAUUCGCCCUGGAUUGAGCUGAAGAGUCAACACUGACUCUGUGCUCUAAUGCGCUUUCCGUGUUUUGAAGGUUCAGGGCUUAUUCAAUGCAAAAACAAACAUUCAGGUGAUUAUAAACUAAAUAAAACAUACUUCCUAAUCCUAAUAUAUUAUUUCUACCAUGUCUGUUCUAGUAAACAUCCUACUAUGUUACACACUGUACCUUUAAUUUGGCUUUACUGAUACAACACAAUACACCUAAUCAAGUGCAUACACAGUAGUACCUUUAAAUAAAACAACUGUACAAAAAAAAAAACAGCAGUACAUCCCAUGCUAACAGAGAACACAGGAGCAGUGCGUCACGUUGCGUGUAUCUAAAAGGACUAUGCUUUCUGUCUGAAGUAUUUAGUUUUCUUACAAGAGUUGCCGUUUUACGGGCUUCAGUCAUUGUGCAGUGAAUGUAAGCUCACAGUUCAGGGCUAAAAGAAACAUAUAGAGCCCAGGUGUCAUCACUGUUGCUCUCUUUUGCUCCCUCAAGAAAUGCUAACGUAUAUGCUAACGUAUAUGCUAACGCGUGGCUGAAAGCAGUUAGCUGUAUAGAGGCUGUGACAGAGAGCGGAACAGAGACACACAGAUUUUUAGAGCACAACCCAUGUGGAAUAAUCCAACCGUAAAGCUUUUAAAUUCUCUUCUUGACCAACACACCAUUUCCAUAAGAUUAUCAACCACUACUGCUCACUCUUUCUCUUUUUUACGUGCAGCAGCUUUAAGUGAAAUAUGUCCGUUUUUUUUUUUUUCUAACAGACUUGGUUAAAAAGACAAUAGAUAUCGUAUAAUUUUAGAGCAUGAAGUAUUAAAAGGUAUCAACAUACUGAACAUUUUGACUGCCUUACAGCAGAGCAGUAAUCAUACGAGAUGUCAGGUGACUUCAUGGUGAACUUUACGAGAGCUACACCCUUGAGAUUUUUUUUUCAGAUUGCUCCUAAUAGUUUGCUCCAGGGAUGAAGCUGUCAUUGUAGACAGUCAGCCUGGUAUGCCUUCUGUCCUGUCUGGGCUUUAGAGUAAACUGGAAAAACAAGCUCCUCUCCAGGCUCAUGAUUUGUAUGUAUAUGGAAUUAAACUCUAUCAGCAUGAGAGCAAAGCACUUGCAGGGCAGAGUGGAGGUGCUGACAGCUCCAAUCCACAAGAACAAUCAAAAACAAGAGAAACUGCCCUGCUCAGUAAAGCUAUAUGGGACUGUAUGAGCCAGGAUAUCACUGACAUUACAUCCUUUGUGAAUCCAACAUGGAGAUGGGGCAGACUGCUAAAGAAACUGAUGAACAAUUUAUGGUGCUGUCAGGCUGUAAUCCAUUCAGAUGCUGAUGUCCACUGAGCAAACCUCACUGAUCAAAGAUUCAUAUGAAAUACAGUUGUUUUAUAUUCAAAAGAAAAAAUAAGGUUAAACUGUAAUAACUUACUUGACACUGUUCUUAAUCUUAUGACUCUCAUCUGUCAGCAGAGGAUUGAUCUCAUCCAUGUCCAGCGCCUGCAGUAAAAACACUUCAAAAGACUUCAAACAGACACGAAUCUCCACCUUUUCUACCUUCUCGUCUGCUGUUUGUGCUUUUGCAAGUAUGUCAUGUCUUCAGCCGCCACUGCAGAUGUCUCUGCUGUCUUACCGGUCCAGCCUGAAAAAUAUGUAAGAGAAAAUAUAUUUUAAAGAUAAAGUUUAUCAGUGUAUCGGUGUUUUUCUUAUUCUUUGAAAGCACCAGGAGGAAGGGUAGAGCUUAGGAGAUUUGUAACAUCCUCACUGCCAGUAAAUCUGUGCAGCUUAAUCCAAAAAAAUUUUUAUGACUCCAUAAAACAAUCAUUUUUAAAGAAGUAAGUAAAUUAAUUUUUAGUUUAGUUAUGGUCUAAAAUAUAUUUUUAAAAAGUCUCUAAUCAUAGAGUGAAGUUGUCAUACCUCUAUAUAAGCCUAAAGCCUACUCUGCGUCCCAUUGUAAUUUGUUGCCCUCUUUCACAACGCAAAACAAAAAAAGUACAAUCAAACCAAGAACAGCAAGAAAAAAAAAGUUCUCAAGUGUUUCUUUUAAGUGUAAACGCAGGAGUAGCCAGCAUGGUCAGUCUUUUUGGCAUAAAAGAUCAGCGUGAGCUCUGGUUGAAGAUCUCUGCAGUGAUGGUGAAGUCACACGUGUUUUAGCACAGAGCUCAUCAUGACACAUGGUCACUAGGGAAACACUUUUUUUCAGAUAAUCUGUUGUUAAAUAAAGUGUAAAAUCUGACCGGCCUUAGGACAAUGAUGUGCAAUGCUGCAUAGAUAAUGCAGUAUUUAAAAGCAUGUGGUCAUCACAUCUCCAUUUAUGUUGCCAUGAGGCAUCAUUAACUACGUCAACAGUUUGUGCCCCUGUGAAAUCCUCUGUUAUACAAACUGACCUGCCAUUAUAAAAACGCCUUUGUAAUUUAAUGCAACACAAUACAACAGCUUUAUUUCAAAUUGUACUUUUAUGAAGCUUCUAUAUUUUCAGUAUUUGUUGACAAGGUCAUGAGGAGGAGAAUUGUUCUUUGUUUACCGCUGAAGUUUUAGAGGGAUUUACAUUCAAGAGUGCUUUAAAGAUAUUUUUUAUAUUAUGAGCCACUUAUGUUUGUUAAUGAAGUGGACAAAACAUAAGGAACACCUUUUUAAACAACACACUCCAGAUCCCCUCCACUGCCCACUAACAUCCUCAAUAAUUAAGAUUAAGUCCAGUAACACCUGUCUGAUCAUGUCGACAAAAACAGAAGAUUCAUGAGCCUCCUGGUAGCAGAAUCUGUGUUAAGCUGUUGUGUUGGGUUACAUUUUAUCUUCGGGUGUUCGUAAUGUUAGAGCUGCUUGGUGUAUUUUCUUGAAAAGGAAGACUGUUUGUAUUUUUUAUUAAAAACAGAUCUCAUUUAAGACGGUACAGCUAAUCCUAGCACACUUCCUGAAAACGCCAAGCACAAUUCAAGCCAUUCUUCUGUGACAACCAGCUCCACUGUUGGACAAAAACAAACAGAUAACAUCAGUGAGUCACAGUAUUCCAUGCCUUUUUAUUGGGAUAAAAAAAAAAAAAAGUACAAAAAAUGUUGUUAAAAUUUGUAAUCCACAAAUUCAUAAACAAAGAUUCAAACUGAAAGGUAUCAGCAUAAAGCAGAGGGGUGAAAAUUCCUGUAACUUGGCUAUGAUCUAAAAAAACAAACAAGUCAACACAAAAUAUUAAAUAAGAGAUGAUUGUUUUAAUUUAAAACUAUUUUUAUACAUCUGGAAAAUGUUUCUCCAGCUUCAUGGUAAACAGACAUGACAGCAACCAACCAUGACAACAGUCUCUUCCAAUCAACACACUUGCCAGUCUGAUUAAAAUGACCGCCAGGGCAUUGGUCAUCACUUGAUCUAAAUGUUGGUGAUUUGAAGCUAUACACGCUGAAGCGUCCUUCACCCAGACACUGAACUCUGAGCUGCCUCUGGUGGCAAAGCUAGUGGAGUGUGAUUGCAUGUGUUCGGGGAUUAGUCAGUACUGAUGGACACAGCAUCUACUGCCAUCAGUGUAUGAAAAUGGUGUGAAUGGGUGAACAUCACUCGUGGUGUUAAAGGGCUCUGAGAGGUCAGAGGAUCAGAGAGAGUGCUACACAGUCCAGUCACAUGAUAGAGCAUUAAACUGAACAUUUAACAGUCAAGUUAAAACGUCUAACUGCUCGUCCGUCACAAAUCAUGUUACACUGGAGAUUUCCAUCAAUGAUAAAAAUAGGAUAAAAAGAGAAAAUCUAAGGUUAGGCUUGAUUUGUCUUUUCUUUGUGUCUGACUUCUUCAAUUUAGUUGAUGUCUUUUCCUUGUGUCUUUUAACUACCAUACUGUCUCCCUGCUGUUUUCUUGUCUCUGUUUUCCUUUUCUUUGCCGGUGACCGGUCACACAACAAUCAUUAAUUUUAGUUUCAUGCUCUCAAAAUAAAUUUAAAAGGAACAUCAGAGAUAUCCUCCAUGUUAUUUAGCAAAUUUGACUGCUGACAAAAACUAACGCUUUGACGGAUUAUAUAGACAGACAUGCCUGUUGACACUCAGCCUUUUAUGACUAAAACACUGAGAGUAUGACAUUUGACUAAUCAAAAAUCAAGUAUUUCAAACAGCCAGGUCAUAAAUAAUCCUCGUCUCUUAUCUUGAAGAAAAAAAAACAACAUUCGGAGGUGACACACAUGAUAGAGAAUUCAGAAAAAAAGCAAGACAGAGACGUAUGUGUAUUGGUUUUGGUCUUUGAGCAUGGUAUCUUGUCAGCAGCAAGAAAUUAUGUUAGCUUGUGAUGUUAUCAAGUGACAGUUUCAGCCGUAUAAAUCAAGUCACAAGUUGGCAUGCCUAAGCAAUUUUAAAUCUGGUUGGAUGAGACAAUCUAGACGCUGUUUUCUUCAUCUUGUCAGCUUUGUAGCAGAAGCUCAUAAUCUGGCAAAUCAAAAGACAGUGUAAUUCUUGAUGUUAUUUAGGCCUUAUCUAAAUUUCCUCUAGCCAGUCGUUUCCUACAUUUCCUGGAAGGACUUGAGGAGCUUUCUAAAAUCAUAACAUGUGUUGUGGUUGAUGUAGACUGAGGAUACUGACAGUCGGGUGCUUUGCCAUAUCUGUAAUUGAUUCCUCAUUGAAUCAGUGAAAUGAUCAGAGAUGACUGUGACAUUGGCGAGACAAUGUCAAUGCUAACAUGCGACAAGGAGGCUUUGCCAGAAAACUCCUGGCGCGGAGAGAAAUCAAUAAAGGCUUUGUGGGAAAUAUGAAAUAAAUCAUCUCCUGUGAAUUAACUGAGGUUUGUUAACUGUUCUGGUGUUCAUCAACCCAUUUUCACAGUUAUUAUCGCUUGAAUCUUAUCAUUUUGUUUCCAAAUAUUCUUCUAUCUGGUGUUAUUCUGGACCACUUAUUUUUAAGAUCUUUUAGAGUUUUAAAUGCCUCCAAAGAUAAAAAGUAAAACCCCUUUUAUGUGAAGAAAGUAAAGCCGAACUUUAUUUCAUUCUUACAGUAAAAAUAGCUUUUUCAUAUCAUGCCCCUCCGAAGGAAAGAAUCCAUGCUUAAUUAAAUCUCACAUAUGUUUUCCUUUUGAUCUGCAGCAGUUCAAUCGAUAUUUGUGAACUCUCCCUUAAAGCUAGAAAGCAGGGAAGCAUGAAGCCUGUGAUGUUAUCAAGCGACAGUUUUAGAGUGGGGGGGCGAGUCCUGUGGCUACACAUCAUGUGGACUUUAAGACAUAUUUCUUUGAGCUUUAUUACACCCACAUGUCUCUCGAAAACACCUUGGGCAGUUUGGGCAUCUGCACCCAGUUUUUCCUAGCCGGCUGUUAACAAUACGGCUCCGCAUAUUGUCUCCUGAUUACAUCAUAAAUAUUUUAACUCACUCUUUUAGUGACAUGUGCGUGGGCAUGCAUGACUAAAGCGUGAACCGACAUCAAGGGGAAAAUGUCUGUUUUACCUUAAGUUGACUUUUUCAUACAACACACUGCUGCUGAUGUUUGGACUUAUGCAAGCGUUAAAAAUACUUAACAUUUGCUCUGUACUGCUCAGACUGUGAACUACAACCGGUUAUAAAUCCUUCAUGAGGACGGCUGGACGUGCAGGAUCCAGCCUGAAUGUGGAUCAUCAUUAGGCUCAUAUACUAUAACGUUCCCGCGUCAGCAGUAAUCGGCUGUAGUAUUUGUCUUGGUAUUAUGUUAAUGUUGUUGUCCUUUGAAACAGGAAGAGCUGGAGUUAUUUAUUCCUCCGCAGCCUGUGCAUACACCAUGACACACUUCAUCUAUCAUUAAGAUAAUGACCAUGCUUGGUUUCUGUGUGUGCUUUUAAUAUAUGUGUGUUUUCUUAGGAGAGCAAGAGAGGGACAGCCUGCACCUGCUCUGAGCACACUUUUCCAGCUCCUCUUGUACAGUGCUCUGCAUAUAUGUGUGUUUGUGUGCAUGCUGAGGCCCCUUUAGGCCAGCUUAUCCCCGCCUAGAAGAUGUGAGUGCGUUAUCCCGCUGUCUCUGCUGGGAAUGCGGUCCAGCCGGCCAGCAGAGUGGUGUAAAUCUGCUCGGCCUAUAAAGACCCGGCUUAUCUGGCCUGAUUAACGGUCAAACGUGGCAGUGGCGGUUUGAGACGAGAGGAAGAUGCAUAGGGAGUGGACAUUCCUCUGAAUCUUCCUGCGGUCUUUUUCUUGUUCACCACAAGUCUCCCACUCUGUCUGUUUAUCUCCGCCCCUCCCCCGCUCUAACUUCUCCACCAUCCGCGGGGUUGAAUAAGCAACAAAAGGUGUGGGGUAAAGUAAGCAACAAAUGGUGCAUGUGUGUGUAUAUAUUUGUGGGUGCCUUGGUGUCACAGCAGGGGAUCCCGUCCACUCGGUCCCGUCUAUCCUAGCCGAGCUCUGACAGGAGUCGUGGGGGGGUUAAAGGUCAAAACUCAUGGUCGAGGGGUCGCGGAAACACAGCAGGGACCCCGUAAUGAUAACCCUGCACUGAUCUAAACCACAGGCCAGCACCAGCCUGUGCUGUCCGUCAGCACUCCCCCCACCCACCCACCCACCCCCUAUGUACACACACAAACACACACGCACACACAUACGCCUUCUCACCCCUGUGGUGUAUGAGCGAACAAACUGGUUGUAUUUCAUUGCGUUGUCUAAACACAGGAUAUGGAAUGAGCUGUUUGUGAAGAAAAAUGGCCGCGCUGUGUUUAGGGGUUAGAGUCAGGAGAGAAGUGAUUUUAGACAGGAGGCUUUUAAGUCAGAGGAAAUAUAAUGGAGAAAAUGAGCAACAGAGCGAGGAGAGAGAAGGGACAAGCAUACAUACCCCCCACACACACAUAUAUACAGACAGUCUUUAUAUGUUCCCAGUGGAGCCAAAAAAGUCCCUCCAUUUUCUCUCCUAUUCGCUCCUCGUUGAAAUAAUGUACCAUGACUGCUCGGUGAUAUGUUUUCAGUGGUUACUUGGGCCAGUGAGUCUAUACUCUAUAUAAGAGUAAGGCCAUGAGGCAGUAAACAGACUCAGCCUGUUUUCAUGCACUCGUCUCCUGCUUUGAUUUCCUGUGUAGUGGGCAGGGUAAGCCUGAUCCCUACUGACAGCUGUCACUCUCCAUCUCAGUGUACCAUCCCGGUCUCUGACACACACCGACUUCCUCACCAGAAUACCGCUGCAGUGAAGCACGCUGCUAUCUCACCUCCAGAAGAUUGCCUCACUGAGACAUAUAAUGCCCACUCACAGCAAACAGCAAGGUUGUUUUUUCAUUCUUCUCGCCUACUUUAUUUGACUUUGCGGGUAAAUCCAAUCCAUUUCUCCGUUUUUUCAGCCUGGGAACUCACAGCAGUUGAUUGCCAUUAGAGGAUAAAUUGAUAAUGUAAAAGAGCUUUUUAUUUCCUGACUCACUCAAACAAAGGGUGAUGACCCGGUCUUUAAGAAACAAGGCGUAUAUCUGACAAACUACAUCUGCGGCUGUGGGAUGAUCUUCCCUGCAGGCUCUCACCUGACAGGAUUAGGGUUAGGAGGCAUGCUGCAUACCGUAUCUCUCACACUCAUGCACUUUUGCGUGGGCUCUCUCCUGUAUAGAUGUGAUUUGCUCACCAGCCUACACAUUAUGCAGCCCUACACCCAGUUACCCACCAAGGAAUCCUCCUCUACUGGCCAGUACGCAUCCAGUACUCUAUUUUUCUGCCUUACUUCUCCUUUUAUUUGCCCUUGGGAGAGUUGAGGGUCAAGGUUGAAAUCCCUGGCCCGGAUGCCUCGGAUCACAAGAUCCCAGCCUGCCCUACAUUUGAGAGGAUGUAAACACUUCAACAUAUGUGCAUGCGCCCCCUCGUAGUGUUCAUAUUAAUAAUGCAAGUUAACUCGGGAACAUUAAACAUAAACAAACGAGGCUGAAAUAUAGUCUCAUAAAGCGUUGCAGGUGCGUACCGCCAUUUUCUAGAGUAAUAACAGCAAUCUGACUAAAAAAAAAAGUGUUAAAUGUCAUCUUCUCCAGUCAACAUAAAAUUACCAUAAUCAAAUCACAGCUAUUUGGAAAAGAGGCGGCUGAAUUUGUCAGCACUGCAUGUUUGAAAAAAAGACAAAGGCAUUUUGAUUGUCAGAUCAGAGGGAGCCAAAUAACUCACACAUUUCUAACUCGUAAUUAAAUGAAUUUUUGUUGAGAAACGAUAACUGUUAACAUCUGGUAACCUCCCUCUGUAUAUUCACUCUGAAAUAUUUAAUUACAAGCGAGAGACACUGCAAGAUUCUGUGGACUCUCCCGAAUACAUGUUAGCAGACAAGAACAAAGGACGAAUUGUUUUGUGCAUAUUUAGCAGAGUGCAGAGCUUCAGAAUCGCUUAAAAAACACAAAUAAGUCAUUUGUUUUACUGGGAAAAUGUUCUCCGAAACAACAAAGGAUACAUAAACUCCAAAACGGUUCAAGAAAAAACACUUUUUAACUUGAUUGAAUAUCUUAUUUCUGGAGGAUACUGUAGUUAAAAACGUGUUCCUCAAGCUACAAAACCAAAAUUAAACCACUAUUCUUUAAACCUGGUCAUUUAGUUAGACCGAAUGACAGGAUUUCAAUUAGUAAACUAACAAAUCAGGAUUUAGGGUUAGAUUUGUGUGGAAAAUCACGGUGGGUCGGCUGUCAUUGAUGUGGCAGAUUAGAGUUUUAAGCAGUAAGCCUUAAAGGAUUCCAUUUUCAAAGUCAUCCCUGCUAACAGGUCAGGUUAGCACCGGUGGAGCAGCAUGGCCUGGGAUAAGGAGAUUUAACCCCCCCUGUGAGGGAAUACAGCCCCAGUGUUUAUUAGAGUGCCAGUGUAAUAUAUGACUUUCUGCUUGCUUUGCAAAUCUAUCCAGGCUGCCUCUGCUACUUCUCCUUUGGAUAUUUCAUUCAGAGAGGGUUAGCAGGCACAGCGUUAUUGUCGCUGGUUAUUGCCUUUCGUUUAUUACAGAGGAGUUUGUUUAGAGUGGGGGGUGGGGGGGCUGUUUGGAGGGGGGGGUAUGAGGACUUUCUUUAAGAGGGAGGGCUGCUCACGUGGCUGUACAAGUGAAUGGUUACCAUUGGUUACGGGCUGAACCCGUCGCUGUUAGAUGAAGCUGAUAUAUUCAUGUAUUCAUCUCAAUUAGUCCGCUUCGUGCAUCUUCAAAUGCAGACACUCAUCCCUCCUCGGCUGUGCUCCAUGCUUAUCUUAUUAGAAUAUUUUAUCCUGCGUGUGAGCUCCCUUACUAUGUCAUCCCUUGCUCCCACUCCUCCAACCUUUCCUUUCUUCUUCCAUUACUCUCCUAAGUUGUGUGUGUGUGUGUGUGUGUAGAGGUGCAGCGGGAAGUCUGCGCUCAACUCAUUUUUGUUAACUGAUAUGUUAGAUCUCCUUUCAGCGCACAGACCACGAAGGGACCACAAAGCUAACUCUGCGAGACAACAGCGCUGUUAGUUUUCUUUUUUUUUUUUCCUCUCUGAGCUAACACAAACUCAGUUGCCAUCUGACUCUUUUCUCUAUGAGCGAAUUCGAGUUGUUGAAAGUUGCUCCCUGUUUUUUUUAAAUUUUUUUAAAUUCCAUUCAAAAUGCAGACACCAUCUCUGUGGUCUGUGCGGCCCUUUAAUAGCCUUAGGCAAAGAGAGAGGAGACAUCUUUAGACUCCUGGAGGGAUGCAUGUCUGGAGCGGAGUCUAUGGUGAUUAGGAAGAGUAAAUGUAGGACACAAGGAGAGGAGCAUCAUUGUCCAUAAGGCAAAUUGAAUCGGACAAUGCUGCAUUUCUGUGAAAAAAAAAAAGCAUAAGUGCAAGAUAAAACAAAGACAACCCAUAAUCUAAAACACUCUGGAAAAGCACAUUUCCUUUUCCAUCUGAGAUGUCUGAGGUUGUUUGCCCUCUGCUUUGCCAACAACACAUAUUCUCAGUGUCUUUCUUCUCUGGCCAAAAGCUAAGCUCAAAUCACAGCUCUCUGUCUCUCAGAAGGAGUUGCUCUCCCUCUCCACCAUCUCCAGAACAGUGGUUUCUCUUUUCCAAGGCACACUCUGAAAUGGCUUUGUUUUCCGACAGCCAUUCAGUGGCACCCUCAGCCCGGGCCUGCCAAGAAGUCCGCCUCCCCGAGCUGGAGCCUGGGCUUGUUUACACAAACUCAUCGGAGAAAUAUGGAUGUGUAAUUAUAGAGGUUGUUAGUUUUAAUGUCGCAUCUUUGCUAUGGAAACCACUGAAUGCUUGGUCAGCUACGAUGAGGGGUGGCUGAUGAAACCCUGACCGGGGAAUGGCGUGAAACAUUUCUGCGGAAAACGUGUUGGGAGAGCGGUAAAGAAACGGGGGGCUUCUUGAUGGAAACGAAUCAGCACCGAGCAAAGCAAACAAACAUGAAUCACGAGGCGGUGAUAGAGAUUGCUGUGGUUGUCCAAUGCAUAAAUACCCAGUCUAAAUACUGCUCUGCAGGCCCGGACCAAGCCCGUUUUCUGUGAAUUCAGCUCAGUGGCAAAAUGUCCGUGUUCCAUUCCAGCACAACCACAAGCACACAAACAGCAACAGACGCAGACAAACACACACAAGAGGCGUGUGCGUGUGUGUGUGUGUGUGUGUGCACAAACUCACAGGCACAAAUAAGCACAAAGCCACAUAAGCAAAUUCAAAUAUAUAUACUCUCAUGAGCACUCACUAGCAUGCAAAUACACUCACGGAAAACACAAUGCGCUCUCACACGUCCAUCCUCCUUCUUCUAUCUGCACCCAUUUGCUCAUGUAAUAGAAGCAGCCGAAUCUAUUGUGUAUUUGCUGCACAUACACAUACAAUUCACUGUAUCCUAGCUGAGCAUUAGAUAUUUCCAGUCAGCGGUCCCAUGGGUGUCAAUGCGUGCGCUGUCAAUGUUUGUGCAAGCAUGCCAUGAUGGAUGGGUUGAUGGAUGCUGGAAAAAAGCACCAUGUCUUCAAAUAAAAGCGUGAUGUGUUUGGAUUCAGGCCACCGCAGCGAGUUGAUGAUUGUGUAGACAGCGAGGGAACAAUUUUUACCUCCCAAACACACAGGUCCAAUUUCUUCCUCUCUCUUUCGGUUCCUCUUUUUUCUUUUUUCUUCUGCAACUCAAUCUUUCUCCCCCCUCCGCCUUGCCAUUCCACCUAUUUUCUCUCCUUCUUAGAUCCCCGUCUUCCUCCUCUCCCCAUCCCUCCUGCACAGUGACAGAUCCUUCAGGAAAUUGUUUCAGGUCUGCCAGACAUUUUUGUGUUGUAGCUGUUUAUUUAUGCUGGGGGGCACGGGGGUCCGGAGCCUCAGCCCCCCCCCCCUCGCCUCCUUUCUCUGACUAGAGGUUAAGCUCCCAAACUCCUUCACCGGCCUGCGCCAAAAUACACUGAUCCUCCAUCGACGUGGCUUUACCGUGUAACUGAUACUGGGGAUGAGGAGAGAGGAGCACUAGAGAGGUUGUAAUCAGAGCGUGUGUGCGUGUGCAUUUGUAUAUGUGCGUCAGCUGCAGGCUUUGUGUGUAUUAGGAUGUAAUCAGCAGCAUUUUCUCUGUGGUCGGCUGUGCUCACUGAUUGGGGUUUUGGCGAAUAACAGAGGAAAGGAGGAAGAGUGUGCUUCUUGUGUUGCAGGCUGCACGGCCUCAGAGCUGGAGCUGGAGAAGCCUCGCUGUGGUUUGGAGCCGCGCUCGCAGCUCUUGCGCUUUUACACAUCAGCUACAUCCGAGCCCUCUUUCUAUGAUAAAUCUGUCUUCUCCCUCUCUGCCACUUUGUGUUUUCUCUACGUCUGUGUGUGUCUGCGUGAGUUCAAGCUGCUCCGACUCAGGUCCCACGUUGGCUGCAGUCAGCUUUGUUCACUCGCCUCCAUGUUAGCAGGUACAGGAGAUUCCCCCGGGGUUUGCAGGCACACAAGCUCUCACAUACACAGUCACAGGGACACACGCACGCCCACACACAUGUGCACUGUCCUCUUUCUCUCUCUCGCUCUCUCUUUUUGCUCUCUAUCUCCGCCUUUGUUCUGCCGCUUGCAGAUUUUGCUUUUGCGGACAACAGAUGGGCUGACAUCGACUCUCUCUUUAAUAACAAGUAGACUGUCUGUUUCUCUCUGACAUCUCUCUUUCUCUCUGUCUAUCUUUCUGUCUCUCUCUGCAGUGCUGUAAUCUCUUUUGCUCUGAAAUGGUUUGUCCGUUAUUCCUUCUCAGCCAUUUAUCAAGCACCAAAAAACCCCCUCCAAACAUUCACUCUCUUCUUCAUCCCCCUCCACUGUGAGGACACUCUGCCCUUUUCUGUUUUUAUUAUUGUAAAUUGAGCAUCUUUUGUUUUUGGACUGCUGGUUGGACAAAAAAAUCUAGGGUUUGAAUCACGACCUAGCGAUUGCGGUCGCCAUUUUUCACUGUUUUUCUGGCGAGAAAAACGUCCAAAAGAAAAAGAAAUCAUCUACAUGAGGAAAAAAGUGAGCUGCAGCACUAAAUCUUUUCCCUUUUGUGUGUGUCUGACCUGCUCAUUGCCCUGGCAGCCUCAUUUACCAUGAUGGCAUUUUUUCACCUAAGCUAUUACACUCAGCUUGUCUCUCCUUGCACGCUGCACCACUGCAUCAUCCCCUUUUACUCCGAAUACCCCAUUGAGUCAUUUUCGCAUCGUCUAUUUGCAGUUGUAAGCCCGCGGAAAGGGUUAUUGUUUAUUUGUUUGUUUCCCAUUUUUGAUGAGCGUAAUUGUGCGGAGGGAACAUAAGGCUGGCUCGGUUGUCAUAACCCUCUUCUGGAGGCCCGAUUGAAAAGGUCAAUGAAAAUGAUGUUACACUCUCCACUGAGAAUGAAUGGACACAGUGUUUCGGCUUCACACACACACAAAUGUGGUCACACACAUUGGCACACACUUAGGCAUCAAAACACAUUUACAUAAAUGUGCACAGAAACACUGAGCUGCUGCAAGCACAAAUCUUUUACAGGCGCACGCAGUUUGGUUCUCAGAGGAAAUUUAGUCCUGUGCUGUUCAUGUUGGUUAACUUGUUCCAGGGUUUCAGCUCCGGUUCCCUCAGGGUGUGUGUGUUGAGGUGGUGGUGGUGUGGGGAAGGGGGGGAACGCUGCAGAUUAGCUUUUUUAGUGAGUGUAGAUUUUUUGGUGCCUCCUGGCCUUUGACACGCCACCACUAUCUCCCACCGCAUUCCGAUCCAUCCCAGCGCUUCUUUUAUCAGGCAGCGCAGGCUGAUUUGUGGCUCGUGGACCUUCAGCUCCAGGCAGGCGACUCUUCUCCAGAGUCCAGAGUCCCGUAUCACCCUUGUAGGCGAACACAAAGGGGCAGAGAAAAGACGCAGAGGAUCAGUUUUAUCAUCUGGAGGGAUUUAGUGCGUGAACCAUGGUUCACCUCAAGUGAUUAUCAGUGCAAAUGAAGCAAAACGAAAACUUCAAUGAGCCCCCUGCUGAGUAACAACCUCACCAUGAGACCUUCUGUGUGCAUCUGUCAGCUGAUUACACAUGUGUAACCUGAUGAUACCCAUACCACCCACUGAUGGGGAUGUUACUGCAUAGUUAAAGAACACAACCACUGGGAUUUGUAUUAGGCUAUAGGAUUAAUACAAAGACUUUUAAAGGACUUACAAAGCACUCCGUCUGUCUCUGUUGAAAACUUUUAUAACAAUUAGAAGUGCCAAGAACACUUGCUUUGUGUAAAUAUUUACAGAUUCAGAGUGAGUCAGAAUGAGAAGAUUGUGGGUACAUAUGUUUCCUUUCUUUUUUUAAACAAGUUUUCAGAAAAUAGAUCCUGUAAAUUCUGCAUAAUCCUGCAGUUGGGAGAUCAGACAUAAGCAAUCAUAUUUAGAGGCCUUGAUGCAUGCAUUAUUUUCAUCGCUUCUGCUGUGAUUGUAAUCCAUCUCAAACAUCCAAUAAGCUCAUAAUUUCUUUGUGUUUAAAAAUCUAUCAACAUAUUUCUUCGCAGCCGCUUCUCUCAGGGCACUUACCCUUUAUAAUGUCAACAGAUAUUGUCUCUCUUGUCCACCGUUUCUCUUGGCAACAACCCCAGCUCUCCAUGAUGGUUAAUGGAGAAUGAAAACUGAAUACCGUGCUCCACUCCUUUGUGCAUAACUUCCCAGAAUGCUCUUAACCUCAGAGGGGGCCAGAGGAUAUGGCUGAGGUGUGCAGCUUUUCAUCUGAAGUGGCGGCAUGAAGUGAUCAGUCAGCUAACUGAAGAAUGGCAGUGAUGGAGGAUCAAAAAAAAAAAAACUGACGGUGCUGCUAUUCGCUACAAGACCGAGGAAGUCAUGCGGACUGAUUGUUGAUGUGGAUUAGUGGGUAUUCAGUUGAGGAGUGGGCAUCUUGCCAUCUAAUACCUGUGAUAAGGGAAACACUGGGUCUAUGAUGGGAUUAAUGAAACACCAGAGUGGACCCCCCUCCCUCUAUCUUAAGCAGGGAUGAAACUCCGUGUACUCAUUGAUAGCUACACACACACACACAAGCCCUAAACACACACACACACACAUACACACACAUUGGUUGAGCAUGAGAUAAACAGUAACUCAGCAACUCCCACAUGACAAUAUUAACCUUUAGCUUUUGGAGUUUGUGUGUGUGCGUGCUGGGAGUGUGCGCGCAUGUGUCUGUGUGUGUGUGUGUGCUUCAGUAUGUGUUGCAUGUCUUCUAACCUUUAGCUCUAACCAAUAGGAAGGUGAAAUGCUGGUCUUUUCUCUCUGACCUAUUUUCCCUCCUGCCUUCUGCUUAUUUCUCUGAACACGCAACAUUUCAGCUGCUAUUAGUCAAAUGAUGCACUGUCUGCGAGCGGAUUUCUGAUGCGUGUGUGUGCGCAUGCUGGGGGUUUUUAUGUUGUUUGUGUUGUUUAUGUGUGCAGCUCUCAGAGCCUGUUUGUUCACCUGCUAGUCUUGUGUAUUCAAGUGUUAAUGUGUGUGUGCCCACCAGGGCUGUGCCAGUUUUUUUUUUUUUUCAAAUAAUCAUCUAAUGGAUAAGGAAAGAGGCUCACUGCAAACAAAGAAGAAUAACAGUCUCUGUCGCCUCAACUAGAAUCUUCCCUUUUAUGGUUAUAUUAAGUAUGUGCUUUUUUUACUUGUAUACAACUUCUGGUCAAAUGAAGCAAAAAGAGAAACAGCAGGCCUCUUCUCCAGGCUCUUUUUCCCCUGUUUUCACCAUGCACAUGAUUUGUGUAAAACUGCUGAGGUUUUCUGCGGCUGCAGCUCGAUGAUAUCGGUGAAAAGAGCCAUUACAUCCAAUUAGCUACUCUGUCAUUAGGGAGGGUUGUGUGGGCUACUGGCAACUUCUCCACACAACAGAAUACAUUAUCGCUGAAAUAGCUGGUAAAGUUGAAAAGCUAAUAUCUAAAAAUGUUCCAUAUUAGAGAGAGUGAGAGACGAGGUAGGUUUGGAUUUAACAAGCAGGAUGGUUAUGAAAUUAUUAUUGGAUGCCUGGGCUGCUGUCGCUGCCUCUCAUAACUUUAAUACUAUAUGCAACAGCUUAUGGUAUUAUAAGCUGUAAGUCUCCCUCCCUCAGGUUAGUUUGUUUUAUUGUGCCAAUCGACCGGGUACAAAAUUCUAUGAUCUGAACUCCCUCGGUGCACACCUGUCAGAUUAUGUGGGGUUUUGGCUUAGGAGCAUGCUCACACAUUUUGAGCAGGCGCCCUUCAUCAUUUUAUGUGUGUCUUUGUGUGUGUGUGUGUGUGGAAGAGGAUGGCAGGGGGGAGGCAAGAGUGCAGGAGAAAGGUUGAGGAUGCAAUGUGCUCUUAGAUGAGUCUGUCUGCAUCUGUCAUGUUGGAGUGUGCUCAGUCUGUUCCUGUUUGAGACAGAUGACUUGCUCCGCUCCCCAAGGUCCGCCUGUUAUUCUGCGUCCUUUAUCUCCUCCCGAUCCGACAGACGGCCUGCACCCGGUGUGUACUUUUGGUUGUUUGUGUGUUGGCAUGGGUUUGUGAAAGGAAAAUUCGGCCUGUCUAAGUGUGUUUCCUUGUGCUGGCCCGGCUCAUAGGACAAUCUAUGUUUUGUGUGUGUGUGUGUGUGUGUGGACGCGAUAGGAAGUUUUGUGCUGUGUCCAGGAGCAGGAGGUUUUGCAGCCUGCUGAGUUGGGAAAUGGGGAGUGGAAAGUGCAGUGGUGUAAAAGCUCUGCCCUGCUGGAUCCACUAGAGAGGUGACACAAAGACACCCAUAGCUAAAUGAUGCAGAAGCUCUCUGUGUCUCUGCAGACUGUGAGGCUUGUAUAGACACACUCAUACACGCACACACACACAGAGACACUUUGGGAGGCGCUGACAGGUCCUCUGCAGAGGUUAAAAGCUGUCAUAAGUAGUCCUGAAGCACAAGCCCAGCGGUGCCGGACACGAAAGUCCGUAAUGCCCAACCUUUGGCUCUGUAAUCUGGGACUGACUUGACUGAUGCGCAAAGACCACACACACGUAAAAGCACACAUAAAACACACAAAUCACAUGGGGAAACUCACAUAAUCCUGAAUACUUUAACAUUUAUACGCAGGAGAACAAAUUAUGCUCAUACACAUAUCUGUCCCAGCAUGCAUACACGCUUAAAUACACAUAAAUGCACCAACACACACACACACACAACUUCACCUAGAGAUGCUCAUUUGCAAAGAGGCCAAGAGGCACACACAGCGAGGCACUCAGGGGAGCAUGCAAGAGAAAUAGUGAGUGUUAGUGAGGCAGAAGAGAGCUGGCAGAAACACACACACACACAAAUGCACACACAAACACACACACACACACACACACACGCAUAUGCUUCCUCUGCUUCACAGAAAGCGAUCACCUCCCACUUCUUCUUCUCUCAAACUGAAAUUUCCUCCUCCUUCUCUCAACUCCUCACUUCAUCACCUCCUUCUAUAUUCCCUCACCGACAUAUGCAUGCACGCACAGUCACCCCCACCCAGUGCCACACACACACACACACACACACACACACACACAGACUUGAACACACACGUACACACUCGCAUGCAACUCCACUUCAGACAGAUCAAGUCUCACUCCUCCCCGGCCCGCACACUCUCCUGUCUUCAAAAAAAGGAACCUCCCGCUUCCUCUCCUGCACCCCCACAAACCCUGCACUCCUCUUUCCAAACCCCUCUUUAAACACCUCACCCCUACACACACUCACCUCUCCACUUCACCUACCUCCCUCACCCAUCCAUAGCACCACCCUCCUCUCCUCCCCCAACCCGCUCUAUCCCAUAGUGCUCUCUGCUGGAAGGAUUUAGAGGUACCCUGUAAUUUUGGUGCCGGAGGAGCUCUUAAGUCCUGCCUGAUCUUCUGGCUACACAGGCAGCCAGUGUGUGUGUGUGUGUGUGUACGUGUAUGAAUGUGUGUUUGCACGUACAUCGCAGUUUGUGCUCCAGUGUGUGUUGGCGGCUGUUUAGCCCAAAUUUUUACAUGUCCAUACAUUUUUUCGCAACCUUUUUUCAGCGUGAUUGUAUUUGUCGUGUAUGCUGCCUGCUGUUCCCUUGCGUGUCUGUUAGUGUGUAUGAGUAUGUGUAUUUGUGUGUGUGCAUGAGAGAGAAGGAGCAGUGGAAUCAGGGCACAGGAGAGGAGCUCCCCCUCUGGCUGUACUCUGAAGCAGUGAGCUGAGCAACAGUUGUGUGCAGUGGGCCGCUAACCACCUUAAACCCUGACACUAAUGCUGCUACCUGCUCGCCGUUCACGCACAGAGGGACUCCUGGGAAACGGGCAACACGCACUAAUACUAGAGCUGCUACAAGGUGAAAAAAACUAAACGGAAAAGAGCACCAUUGUUAGACAUGAAGAUCAGAAAAUCAGCCGUGUCCAAGCAGAUUACUCACAACCACAUUUAUACUAAUACGAAUUCAAUAUUGGAUUCUGAAAAUGCAGCUCUAGUGUCAUAGAUAUGACUACUUUGUAUUGUCUGCCAGUUUUUAUCAUUGUAAAGAAACAGGCAAAGAAAACAUUGGCUGAGCCGAGCGUGCCUAAUUCAUCCGAGAUGAUAUGAAAGUCUGAAUGAAUUUUCUUUGCCAAAGCCAAACCUGUGCAGGAGGCUAUGUGGGAGGGACGGCAGUGAGAGGUUGGAGGUUGAUUACUGAUUUCCAUUUCUAUUUCGAGGACAAAGAAAUGGAAGGCUGAUGGGCUGGGACAUCUAUUUAGAUCCAUUUCAUUCCGCCAUAAUCAGGCUUUAGCCAUGUCCUAAUACUCUGGAUUAGAAAAGGUUCAAAGUGCAAACAUCUAGAUCCCCCAGUAUUAUUCCAGUCUGCCAACCCCACUCUGUAUGUGUUUGUGCAAGUGUGGAUGUGUAUAUGUGUGUGUGUGUGUGUGCACGUGUGUGUUCGCAUGCAUGCCAGAUCUGCUGGGGUGGGUUAUCUCUGGAAUCAGGCCCAUAAACCUAAUCUAACCCUCUCUGUGCUCAUUCAGGAGUGAAAUAUUUUGUGCAAAUAGGCACUCUUUUCUUUCUCCCUCACUUGGAGUCUGGGUUGCAAAUGUAAACAAAAAUGGAGAUAGGAAUAUCAUGGGUAUGAGAAAUAGCCAAUUCAGUUGUGCCGCUCUGUUUGAUGCAGACAGACACACCUGACACGGCUCUGUGUAGCACCCUGCUUUGCCUCAAAUGGAUGAAACAGCUCUGUGUGCUGCUGUUUUUCCUUGAUGCUAAGUGUGAGUGAUCAGACGGUGCUUGUGCCUGUUUAUGUAUUUAUCUCUUUUAGUUUUUUUUUGUGAAAAUGUGAACAUUAUCGCCUGUGGUUACUGUGACUACCCAAUGCCUGCUCGGCUCAUCUAAGUGGAAGUCUGAAUGCUGUUGAGAAUAGGGGGGCGGUGUGUGAAAGGUAGCCAAUGAAUGUCACCUCUCAUCCACUUUCUCAUUAAACAACCUGCUCUCUGUCUGUCACAUGGGCUGUAUCCAUCCUCUUGUUCAGCGCUUUGGGCAGAUGUCGUGCACGAGAGCUCGCGCACGCCCGCACAGACAGGGGAGCACACGCACGCACACGUACACACAGCCCCGUCCUGCUGUAUGAAAGCGAGCCCCCAUGGGCUGGACAGGAAUAAUAAGCAGCAGAUGAUUCAUGAUGGAGAUGGGGAAUGUAUUCAGCAGGACCACCUGAGUGACCUCAUUUAGCAGACCUGAGAAUAAAUAUAGACCACUGCAUCGCACUCUAGCCUAAGCUGGUGUCAUCCCGACCAGUCUGCUCUGCAUCUUUCACACAUCUCCCACUCUUCUCGACGGGUCACCCAUGGGAAGCGUCUUUUCACUCCACCUAAAUGUCCUUGUAAAAUCCGUGUGUAUUUGCGUAUAUGCGAGGCUGUGCCUUCACACUUGCAUGUUAAUAUGCUAACAGUGGAUAUAUAUGUGUGGUAUUGGAUCAGGAGCCAUUGUUGCAGGCCAGUUAUUUCCCCUGUACAAUGCUCUUGGCUGAUACAUUUGUACUGUAGAUAUUUCCCAACAUUUGGCACCUGGUUUCUCUUAUGACUUCAGCAGCUGUACAUCUUUUGUUCUCCCACUAGUCACUCUGUGGCCAAUGCUCCACACCCACAAGGAGGGCCUUAAAUCAUACCAAAAGCCAGCUCUGGAGCCGAACGCUGUAUUGCAAAAAAAGCAACAUUCCUUCAUGCAAUGACCGGUCUUUUUGGUAUCCCGGACCGCCAACGCUGAGCCACUUUGUUCCACCAAAUCAUUACCAGCAGAAUGGUUGUUUCUUUGUUCUCCGUCCUGUCGCUGCUUUAUCCCCCUUGUGUUUUUAUCUCCAUCGAGACUCGCAGGAAGACCCAAUUCCCCAGUUUCCUCUUUCCAAAACACGCCAUGACCGUCGGCCUUUUAAUAUCUGGAAAUCCAGAUUUGGAUUAGCGUCAGAACGUAGGGAUGAAAUGAGAGAGAGAGAGAGAGGGUGGAGAAGCGGAGAUAGAGUGAGUGAGAGGCUUUCAGAUUAAAAAAAAAAAAACAAGCUGGCAGUGUGUUCUUGUUGCCUGGUAGGGUUAGAGCAUGUCUGUAACCUGGCUGGCAUUCAUUUAUUUUUGAGUGAACUCGACAUGACAGACGUAAAUACACCGACAGCAGAUAACGGUUGAAAUGAUAAAAACAGGAGUCUUCUGUUUGUGUUUUUUAAUACACUCAGGUUCAGUUUGUGUUUCUGUGAAUGAUUUCCAAUUGUAGAAAUCUUGAAUAGCACUUAAUUCAAAUAAGGAAAAUGUAGUUAAAAUUGGACACGUUUAAUCGGAUUAUACACUCCCAGUGGUUCGGUGAAGGUCUUGAAUCAUCUGACAUUUAAAUGGUGCGAACACAAACAACAUGUAAAGUAAUCAUCUCCUUAUAAAUCCAGCUCAUUUUCAGUUAUUUGCCUAAACAGAAGCCUUCAAGGGCCAACUUAUCAUCAUGCCACAUCAGUGAUGCAGGAGCCUGUUCAGCCAGCCUGAAGGAGUAGUUAAUUUAGAUGACAGAAGUAAGUUAACACUUGGAAGAUUUGCUCUCCCUGGGUGAAUAUAAAAUUCAUACCAUGACGCUCACUCUUAGUAAGAUUAUUUAAGCGCCUUUGAGCUCGAUCUUCAAAGAGCUCAUUUUUGUCUAACCUUGCCCUGGAAAUUUAAAAAAUUGAAAGAAGAGGAGAAAUUGGGUGGAAAAUGGCAGGAUGAGGUCAGCACUUGUGGCAGCGUCUGGGCCUUUCAGCGCUACGAGACGCUGUGUGCGCCUUAAAGAGCCGAGUCAGGGCCUGUUCACCUCACUGUCUUUGAAUGUUCCCCUUAGAAAAGACAUGCUCUCUGCCUGCAUAGACUUUACAUAAAUCAUAAGACUCACUUAGCCGUGAGUGUUCAUUCACAUUAAUGUCCCACCUCAAAUUUGCAAUCUUUUUGUUCCUGCUCGGCUCUCGGCUCUCAGCUGGUCUCCUCGUAUAUAUUUCAGCGUCCAGUUUACUCAGGCAUGUUGAGUCUACAGCUCGGGGAAUUCAGCAUAGAACUCCUGACACAAUGUUAUCACAAAUCCUGCUCACAAAUUAUCACGUCGCCCCGUCCACACUAACAAAAUGUUGUGGUUCUGCUUGAAAUUUAGAGCCCGGGUAUGAUCUGAUAAUGAAACAUAAUAUUAGCGCAACUCAUUAUUUAGUUUUCUUCAAUUUCGCCGGAGCUCAAAGCUGAAUUCCCACAGGGCAGCAAAUGUCAACAUUAAUAAUACUUAGGAAUGACAAGGCAUGAAUCAACUAGAUGAGCCUUUCCGCCGCUGCAGAGCCAGAUUUCAACGCGGCUUGAUACACCAUCAAGUUAUAAUGUUUGUAGCAACAUUGAAAGAUCAUGCCGGCAACAGUAAGUGUUACAGAAUUUGUAGAUCCCAGUUUGGACCCACCCAGCCCCCUCCCAGUCAAACAGCCUGUAGCUUAGUCUGCCUCCCUUUGUGUCAUCAUUAGAUAAGCACCCUCUCUUUAGACUAUCUCAUCAUAAUGAGGGUGCCAUCUGAAGCAAUCACCCAGGGGAGAUGGUCAUUGAGUUAAGAGGGGAGGGGAGGGGAGGGCUGGAGUCAGAUACGCUGAUAAAAACUAAAUGAAGUGAGCGGAAAAACAGAGAAAGAGAGACCAAGACGGGCAGUUCAGGAAGAGAAACAAAAGCAUAUCGAAGGAAGGGAGUGAGUUAAAACAGCAGACUAAGCGGAGAUGGAGAUCAUUUGGGGAAUUCCAAAAUUAGAGCUGCCAUCGCAUGCGCCCACACAGGCCAGACACACACACACACACACACACAAAUACACACACAUAUACACCACUUGUCUUGUGUGUAGCUGCUCAGUGUUAAGGUCAGAGUCACACUCUGUCUCCUUAGGUCAUUAUCAUGGGCUUUAAAAUAGACAGCCAAUUGUGUCACAGCGUCUGAAGUGAAUGUGACAUUAAAUAAACAACCCUCGACCCUGAGCCCCUCGCUCAAGUCACACCAGAACACACACUUUGAAACAAAUGGAGGGAGGCAGACACACACAUACACGGAGAAAUGCGUCUGUAUAUAAAAAUGGACUCACACACUUGCACGCACAAACAUUAAGGAGGCAUUUAGCUAUCAGCACCAGCAGCAAGUAAUGACACAUGUGGCUCAGAGGGAGUAAGCUGCUCCAGGACUUGGCAAGCAGCUGGAACUUUCACUGGCAUGUCUCACUGCUAAACUAUGCUCCGACAGAAAACACACACUCACACAGACACACACAGGUCUGACCAUGUUCCUUGUCUUCACCUCAGCGCCCAGCCUCCCUCUGUAGGUUCUAAUGUUGUUCCAUUUAUUUGACUUCACUUUAUUGUGUUAAUGAGAGAUACCGUAGAGAGGAGCUGGCGCUUGAUUGAGGGUGAGAACGGCUAAUCACUGGAACAGCUAAUCAGUGCUUGUCGUAAAUAUUGAUUAGCUCGGUGCGUUAUGGACGUGCUCAUUAACCAGUGUGUCAUCUUCUCUCUUCCUCCUCCUCUUUUUCCUCCCUCUUCUUGUCCUUCAACCCCUUCUCUUCUCCCUCCCACCCUCCUCUUGCAGCAACCUCCAACGGUACGGUGGAGGGCCUGGAGAACCGGGAGGGAGGUGUGUGCAAGAGCAGAGCCAUGAAAGUCAUCAUGAAAGUCGGACAAGGUAAAUGUGCGCUCACCUCACAUGUAGAACACAAUACAGGGGCUGCUGCCUUAAAGCCAUGUUUCACUUUGCUGUGACAUUCUCAUUUAUCGCCAUGUGUGCCAAGCGUGACUUUGUCCGCCACCGGCCUCUGACAGGUCCUGUUCUCUUCAACGGGAAAGUUGUGAAAUGAAUUUGCUGCCGGUGAUAAUAUUUUUAUUUUCCUUUAUGGUACAAUAUUUUUUUGGAGACAUGGAUGAUAAAUCUGGUUUUAGUGUCACAGUGAUAUGUUCAAAUUAAUCCAUCUUUAAAACAAAAAAAUCAAGGCUCUAUGUUAGAAAAGUCGAAAUGCAUCUCAUAUUUUUUGAAGUCGCUUCUGUUUUCCAUCUUUCAUGAGCUUAUAAGAUGAGAUGCACAACAGAAACAGAAACCUUGAUCUUCUUAUAUAUUAUUUCUCAAAAAUGUGCAUUUUAUUAACCUUAAAGCAACCGAGACAAAUCCCACUACUCCAUACUAGUGGCAAUGAUAAAUUAUAGAAAUAAACAUAAAAAAAUCAUGGUCAUUAUUAAACUCAUUAUUGCAAAAUUAUAUAGAGCAUUGAUCCAGUGCAGGGGGGAGAAAAACUAUCAUCUACUUCUAUCAUUUACUUCUUUAUUUAAAUUUAAAAAGCUUUUGUUAAUCUUAACUACUGUACGCAUUCCUGUAAUUGGCUUAAUUUUUCAUCAAAAUUGACAUAAAACGUGAUAAGUAUUCUCUUUAUGAAUGGCUCAGAGUACUGAGUCAUAUAGCAGCAAUUCAAAGAGAUCUAAUUACAUAUGAACAAAUUCCCACUGUGCAUCAUAAAAUAUGUAUGCGGUUAAUACAUAUAACUCUGUAUUACUGUGUCAAACUGAUGAAAAUUUAUUGAAUUCAUCUUCAUCCUGGGCAUGUUAAGACAAAUGCUUGAACUAAGACCCUCACUGAGGUAUACUUACCGUCUUAUUCUUAGAUUUAGUCGCAUCUCCUCACUUUUGACCAAAGAGUUUAAUCAGUUCCUAUUGAGAGGAGUAACGUAUUCUCUUAAAAGCACAUAUAAUUGGUACCACAGUUAAUAUACAGUAUGUUUUACACUGAAGUAAAUAGAUCAUGGAAUAACCAUGGUUGAUUAAAAUGAAAAAUCAAAACGAGAUAUAUAAGUUUAUGGUGAAAACUGAAUCAUAUCGAUCAUUUUGUAGCUUUCUAAUUAUUGGAGCCAUUUCUGAUAACUGAACACGACAUGCCAGAAAAGCCAAUACUCCUAAGAUGAGUGAUGUUUUGUUAUUUUACACUCUUUUAUAUAAAAUGUGUAUUUUAUGCACAUCUGACGGUAACAAAGCCUAAGACAUGCACAUACAUUGGUAAUCUAUGCGUAACGAUUCUAUCUGUAAUCACUGUUGUUCACAAAAAAACAAGGAGUUCUGACUCUAACUUGUCAUUAUUGUUUCUAACUAUAACCAGAGUAUAUAACCAGAGUGCUCCUGUUCAUGUCAUAAUGUCUUUUUCAUGGUAAAGUCUUCAUCCAAAUAAGCACACUAACUGAGCUAACGUCAAAAGUCCAUAUGUUUGUGGUAAAACUUGCGUCACUGGCAUCGCUGUUGUUCAGAGUCUGGAUGUGUGUAAAGAUCACAGGCAGCAUCCGCAAAGUACGGUGGGGGAUUUGGAUACUGAAAUCCUCUGUUGACAUGUUUAUGUGGGACUCUUUUCUUGCUGCUUUGUGUUUCUUUGGUACAUCUUUGUUGCAAUGACAACUUUUUAGGUGACUGUGUUCAAACUUAAAGAUUAUUCAUGCUCCUCUCAGACUAGCAGGUACUUGUUUUGCACAUAGCAAUUGUGUAAUCGUCCUCUGAAACAGUAAAAAACACACACAGGUGAGAAUAUUUUACUUGUCGACUUGUUGAAGCUGUGCUUGUUCUUGUUCUGACUGCGAACUGAGAAUGUGUCGGCUCUGUACAGAAGCUGAUAAAAGCAGCUUUUAUCAGUUGUUUUUAAUCGAUAAAAUCUGUAGAUUUUACAUCCUCCGUUGACACAAAAAAAACUCCUUACCCAUAAUACUGUUUAUUUUCUGUUCUUUAUGUAAGAUGCCAAGCUGACGCCAACUUUUAAAAAAUAUUACUAUUUACAUUGAACUCUGAGAUUAACGACAGCUUCAAGUUUUUCAGAGAUUUUUCAAGCCAGUCCUUUUAAACCUUUCAGUAUCUACCAUCAAAGGCAAGAUAUCAUAAGAUAUCAUUCAGUUAUAUGGCUCAGACGUCUCUGGUUGUAUAAGGCCCUAUAGCAAACAGAGUCAUAGAUCAUUGUGCGGGGUUGCUUUAUGAACUGCAGCUUUGGAUUUACAGCUUUUCUGCUUCAAUGUUACGAAUCUCUGUGAUUUGUUAGGUAUUUAGUAAAGCAUAAGUCUCCCAUUUAAAAACACUUCUGUCCCAGCUGUUUUCCCUGGGUGUAAUCAGUUUCUGAAAUGAUUAUCCGGUAAAAAUCACACUAUAUUUCAAUAUCUUGCCGUCAAUGUAAACCUCUAUUAGUCUUCUACAGUAGUGCUGAAUAAACCUUUUUGCACACAUAAACAGUUAGCACAAAAAGUGAGAUCAUCGAGAAAGAACAUCCAAAUAAGUAAUGACUUCACUUCCACAUUGUAACAAGGCCUUUGAUGAUCCUCAGCUGUUUCUUAAGCCGAUUGUUUCACAGUCAUCACAGAGCGAAAGUUGUUUGAAUUUGGUACAUCAGUGAGUGGUCCGGGUAAGUCGUCUAAAAAUGCUGGAAGUAAACAUGCAAGCUUUGUUUAGAUAUUCUUGGACACAACAUUUGGUUUGCAUCAUGCAUUUCACAUUUAAAUGGAGUUUUACUCAGUUUGUGGACAUCCAUAUCCUGCAUCUGACAGAGUACAGUACACAGAUGUGUAACUCUGUAAACAUUCCCCCAUCUUCGCUGUGGUUGUUUUGACCGAAAAAAAAAAAAGAAAGAGACUCUUAACGGCCAUCUGAGAGGAACAUCUGCCCACCACCAUGAUCUGAUUCUAGCUCGAGUGGAUAUCAACAUGUCAAAAAUAAAAAUGAUACUAGCUGAGAAAUCUUCAGUGUGUGUGUGUGUGUGUUUUGGGUGUGUGUGUGUGUGUGUCAGUGAGUGAGUGUGCGUUCACGUUAGUGUGCAGAGAUUUGAAUGCCGGCUUGCUGGAUGACAGCAGUGCAUCCUGGCACUCAGUGGGAGAAUUGAAGCUAACAAGCUGCUGAUGCUAGCAAGGUCUGAGUCGGAACAAAUUCAGCGGAUACAGUGAAAAUUACCCACAACCAUCUCACAAACAGACAGGCAUUGCAUUAUCUCUUCAUGUAGGUCAAUUUGAAGCAUCCAGCAGCACUGGAUUGCAACACCCGCGCAAAAUGACAAUACAGUUGCAAAACAGGCCUUAACACAAAACCAUUAACCAGGAGAGGAAGAAAUUCCUGAACUCACAUUAAUGAGUGUUGAAAGGAAAUGUCGAGGAAAGUUCUAGGAAAGUUCUUCUCAGCCUGACACUGUUUCUGUGGCUGCCGGCUGUUCCUCAACUUCGCCAGAGCUGUGCGCUCAUUUCCAAAAGCGGUCCGAAGCGAGCUGUCACUCACAAUCAGUGUGCCCUAUAAACCUUGUUAGAAAAGAUGCUGUCGGCCCAGCUGCUACUACUUUUAAUGCUAUUUCUGUGAGUGGAAUUUUUGAUGCAAAAUUCGUCUCUCCAACCCAGUAACUAAAAGAGGAGAGGACAUGAGAAAAUAGAGCAUCGACCGAAACUUUGAUUUCACAGUGGUGUACUAAAUGAUUGUUUUCACACUGCAGAGAGAAGUUGACCUUAGGGCUGCACGCAAUGAUCUUUUCAUCAUUGAUUCAUCUGCUGAAACUGAUUAUUUUAUGGAUUAAUCAAUAAAUGUUUCUGUCCGUGACAUUUCCGAAAACACAAAAAAACACGAUGUUGGCAAGCAUGAGCUCAUGGAGAUACAGACAUUUUUAGCUGUCAUAGUGUGUUUUUACAGGGUGAGUUUGCUUACUUUAAUGGAGUAAAUCCUUGAUCCCAAUAAGUCCUCCACCACUGUUCCCCCAAUAUGAACAACCAUGUUAUUUGGAGGAUCAUCUUAACGACAGAAGAGAGGGCUAGAAGACUUUUUUGAGUAAAUAACAGGGAUGUAAUUCUCCUAUAAGUAUCUAAAAUUCUUAUAUGACCCAUUAGAAUUUGAUAGCAGAUAAAGAUGUUUGUUGGUGUCUAGUUCAAAAUAAUCUUAUGAGGACAGCUGUCAGCCCUCUUGGCCCUCUCAUGUUUAUUUGCUGACCAUUCUCCAAAGUUACGUAAUAUGUUUGUCAGAUCAGAACUCAAAAGUUUGUCAAUUUCGAUAACUGUCUUUAAAAAAGAAUAAAAAGAAAUAUUGAUAUUGUGCUAGAAAAAAAAGGAUACAGUCAUAUUGUGGCAUUAUAGAUGUGGUUCUUGAUGUUGGCUAAAGUUAGCGAGCCGUUGCUAGCGGUUGCUAGCUCACUAGCUCCCUAAGAGAUUAUCAGGCACUUUUCGGAAGCAUAACAUUGAAAGAUUUAUUGUGAACCCCAAAACAAUAUAAGAGCAUGUGCCUUUUUGGAUUACUAAUCAGUUUAACAUUUACACUUCUUACCAUUUUUUAAAGUUUUUCUUUAGGUUCUGUAACCUACGCUUGACCAGAGGUAGCUUAUCCUUCAAAAUAAAUGCAUAGUUUUAUAGUGCAGGCAAUAACCCAUCCUCAACCUAAAAAAAAACUAUGUUUCAAAAUCAAAGCAUUGCAAAGAAUUGCUUUGGGAGGUAAAGUCUUCUCCAAAGAAGUUUCAGUAACAGCUGGCAAUGUGGAUCAAUCAUUAAUUGAACAUCCUUUGAAAAGUUGUGGCAUUUUAUAAAUCAAGCAAAAACCUUCUUAACUGUAUCGUUAAAAAUCUCUUAAUUGGCUAUUUAUAUGUCCUAAAACCAUGUCUUAACUUUGCCUUAGUCGUGAGUAAAGAGUUCUCCUUGAUGAGAUUUGGUGUCAGAUGCACAAAGAGAGAAGUCACAUCGAAGAACAAAAGACAAUGGGGAAUAAACAAAUAAGAAAUCUUGAGACAUAAAUUUGUACAGAAGAUUUCACUAGAAUGGAGGACACAAAGUCUUGGGUUAUUCAUUAGUGAAGUUAAAUGUCGACACGCGCCCCUGACCUGCUCUGGGCUCUGUUUGUUUUCUUGUUCUUUCUGUUUUGUCAAUCACAUCCCCGAAGUAACGAAAGGGCAUAAAAUCCAUUAGAGUGAUCUGACACAGUGAACGAUUGUCCAAACAAGACAAACAUUUUCUGGUUCUCUCGUUAAAUGGUAGGUAGACUUGGUUUAUGGGGUGCUUUCUCUAGUCUUCUGUCCACUCAAAGAGCUUUUACAGUACAUGUCACAUUCAUCCAUUCACACCACAUUCAUACACUGACAGCAGAAGCUGCUUUACAGGCAGUAUUAACUAAUCCUAUUCACACACCACUGGUACAAUCACAGGGGUCAGUUUAAGGUUAAGAGUCCUCUCCAAGGACACUCAGACAGCCAACUCAACCUUGGGAUUGAGAGACUAUGGAGCCUACUGCUGAGCCACAGUGAUAGCGAAAGGUCUUACCAUGAUAGUUCUUGUUUUGAGAAACCAAUCAGGUGAAUUUUAUUGGCUGUCCUGGCAGCUUUGACUUGUUAAAAGUCAUUCUGGCCUCCUGUUUUGCUUGUAAAAUGAAAUGUUCCAUCUGGAAUUGUAAGGUGAAUUUGACUUGUAUAAAGUGUGAAGAGAUAGCUCGCGUAAUCCCUCCUCUUUGAGAUUUUACUCUUCCCGGUGUAAAAGCCAGAUCAGUUAAUUAAAAAGGAACUUUAAAAAAUGAAUGAAAAUUGAAAGCAGUAAUAAUUUACGACCCUAUAAAUCUUCCUUCAGCUCCACUAGAUGUUGUUUUAACAAGCACAAAAAAAAAAAGAAGUUCUGGGCCCCUCUUUGCUCUGACCCCAGCUGCUAUUGUGUUUAAGCCACAUUUCCUCUGUCUCUGCAGCUGAAUGCCAACACUUCCUGUGGCCAAGUCUCCAAGAUCUUCCCAUCUGUCCACUUGCACUCCUCUGCACUUUGCUCUGUGGAUUAUAUUUUUGGGCGACUCACCCCGGAGCGUGAUGUGUGCACAUUCUUUUAUUGUUACAUUUUUGUGGCGACACUCCCAGGCGCAAUCACGUUGAAUCAACUGUUCGGGGAAAUGAUGCACUCUGACACGUCGAUAUCUAAUUGUACUUUAAAUGCCGGGUUGUUCCGCCUUUUGUCUUUAUGAAAAAUAUAAAGUAAGAGAGGAAGUGAAAUUGAUUGAAGGGGGGAAACACAAGGAGAGCAUAUUUUAUCCAUCCAUGGCUGUUGUGCACUCACUUUCCCCUCCACCACAUCAUGUCACAAUGCUCAUUAAAAAUAUGUUGACUCACCGCCUAGCACGCACCCCCCUCUUGUUUUCUCUCCUUCUACCCCUCCUAACAUAUUCUUAUCCCUCUCCUUUCGCUCGAUCAUUGUCUCCCUCUCUCUUUCUCUCACUUCUCCUCCUCUUCCUCCCCCCUCCGCCUUCUCCCUCCUUCUGGCGGUUUGGCAGUUCUGAGGUAGUUGCUGUCUGCAUAGCUAAGGGAAAUGUCAGCAGUACACACAGAAAAAUGGGUCAGAACAUUAGAACGCUCCCUGCACAUGCUCAGUGACACACACAGUCGGGGCUAUACGCACGACAGUGAAUCAGAUCACUGUGUCCUCUCGUAUCCCCUGCCACACAUGAAUGUUGCCACUUCUCACUCCUGUCUUUUCUCAUCAAUUAUUGACGGUGCAAAACAGCUAACGGCUAAGUUCACCGCUGCUGCAAUCAGUGUGGAGCAAUGCGGUGGUCUGGACACGGAGAGGAUAGAGGAGGAGAGGAUAUCAAUUUGUUAAUAGUGUGCUUAUUUUUUGCCAAACGCCAAAAGAAAAAAUGCAGCGCAUGUAUUUAUGGCCCUCUUUGUCUUUCCUCUUCCCGUGUUUUCCACUCAUUUUUGCUUCUCUUCAAUCCUUCAUGUGUUCCAGACAUCCCACACCAAAAUCCUUCCCUUACUCGCAUCUCAGCCAAACAGUGGUGGAAAUAGAAAAAUAGUCAAGCUAGACAGUCAGGUCCUCUUUAAAAUCACACACACAUCCACAGUCACGCACGGUCACACGCAAGCCAAGAGGGACUAAAAUGUAAAUUGUCUCCCCACACACUCUCCUCUCUAUUUCUCACACACACCCCUUGAGCAGGCCUUCGGGCAGAUGCAGAUAAGGCCAGAUAGAGGAGAAGCAUCUGAUAGAGUGCUGUGGAAUCCGUCAGACCAGCCUCGGUAAUAGUUUGUAACUGUCCUCUGUCUGCCGGUCCUGCCUCGUAAAAGCCACGCCGCGGACCCACCAGUGUUUACCGCACAAAGACUUCAAAGUGCGUGUGCUGAAAUCACAACAGACAGACAGAUAAACUGUCUGUUUCCUUUGCGUCCCCCUCAGAGCUUAUGCAGCCUCCCUCCUCUUCCCCCUCGUCUCCCCCCUUCUCCUUCCUGUGCUCUUCUUCUCUCCUCUUCACAAGUAUGCCUCUUUCAGGCAGAGUUAAAGCCGGGGCAAUAAAUAAGGCAUAUUAUGGCCUUUUAACGCGAUGAAUAAUGUAAAACAAUAAAAAGUUAAUAUAUAACUACUUUACCCUCAUUCUGCCAUGCCUAAGUGUAUUGUAAGAAUAUCCUAGGUGUGGGUUUAUAUGUGUGCACGCAUGUGUGUGUGUAUGUGUGUGCUCCACGCUCUCAUGAAUGUGUCAGUGUUGGAAAUGCCUGUCUGAGUGUUUGCUGAAGGAGUUGCUGAUGUAGAUGUGGGCUCAUUUUUUACGACAGGACAGGGAUACUGGCGUGUUUCACAGACGUUCGCUAACUUGUCCUUCCUCUUUUUGUGCUUUCAUCCCCACUUCUAAGACGCUUUCAACACAUGCAAAGAUAACCUUCUCUGUGUAUAAAAGACAUAUCAGAAGAUGAUAAAAAAAUAAUCCUCACAGAUUCAGAGGGACAAGUCAUUGUCAUUCAGCGCAUGUGUCUCGCCAAGGCUGAGUUUCUUUGUGUUUUUUUUUUUGUUUCCCACAGUCCCAAAUGCAGCAAACCCCAUGGAGCCGGAGACUCCAGAAGACAACGCCAUACCAGAGUCCAGUCCCAGUCCGUCCGACCAGGACCGGAUUGGACCCGCAAUGCCAGGAAACCCUGGUGAGCAGAUUGACACAAAUAAACACCAAGUGCAGCGGCUUCACACUCUUUGCAUACUGCCUCCUACUCUCUGGAGUGCAAAUAUUUUAGUAAAAUAAAGGUUUUUGAAAUGUAAAAACAGAAUAUUCACAGCCUCAAGGGUUUCUCUAAUAAUUAAUCACAAUUAGCCUGAGAAGAGAAAAUAAAAAUUACGGUUGAGUUUCCCUAUGUAAGCAGUCUCUUAUAUGGAUUUUUUAUGCCGCAGGCGUUCCUUUGAUUUCUUGAGGGUCAACAUUGUAAAAAGGUGUUCAAACCAGUGUUGCUGGGAAUAAAAUAACAGCAACAAAAGGCGGUUUGCUUCCAAACAAAAAGAAACAGCACCUUCAGCAAAUGCAGCUAAACUUGUGUCACUUUCCUCAUUCAUACUGAGCUCAAAGGGAGUGCCGCACCCAAGGAGACUCAAAGACGCAGCUCUUUAUUAUAUAUCUUUUUAAACUUCAUUAGAAUUGCUAAUAAAUGAAGAUUAAAAGCAAAGAUAAUUGAGGCAGUCACUCGAGCCUGCGUGGAUGCUCUGGGCCCUCCCUGUUUCCUGUGUUCACAGCACCUUUCAGAGCUGCUGCUUUCCACAGGAGGGAUCAACUUUUUGACUUACUCCACAACUUUGCCACAAACUUCCUCCGAGUACAAGCCGCUCUGCCUGUCCCUAUGUGAUAAGCCAUCCUCAUUUAAGAGUUGCUUAUUUGACAUUAGUUGCUCUAUAAAAAGAUUUCCUAAUGUCACUUUUUCCCUAAACCCCAGCUUUACCUGUCUGCCAUUGUUAGAUCAGUGAUUAUGUCAAGUGAAGGAGUGGAGGGUGGAAUGAAGGACGUGUCAUUGUGGUUUGAGGAGCUGAUAUUUCAGGAAUGAAACGUCUGACAGCAUCUCUCCAGCUCUCCUCACUGCCCAGAUUGUACGAAAUUCCUCGCGCCUCUGAUUUCAGCGAUAAGGCUGGAAUAAGUAGUUUUCAGUGAUGUCAUUUAGGCGUGAUAAGACAUAGGGCGCAGUUAUCCCCCUCCUCAAUAAAUGGUUAAGUGCAGAGUGCGGAGACACAGUCAUUAGUGAGGAUGGUAGUCUCUGGAGGUAUGAGGCCUUUGUCUGUGUGAGUGUGUGUGUGUGAGGGUCGUGGACAGUUAAGAGGUGGUGGUGGUGCUGGGAGGAGGAGGAGGAGGAGGUGAGUGCUGCUCUUUGGCAGCAGCUGCAUGCAUACAUGGAAAACAGAUUUGGUUCUUCUCGGAUUUCAGUCACUGGAGGAGCCAGUCAUUCUCUCCCUCUCUCAUCCAGUAACAGCCCUCCCCCAACCUCCCCCUUGCUUGACAAAGGGAUAAAAUAAAAUCAGAUGUUCAGAUAUGCCCGCCUUAUUUUUUUUAAAACAUAUCUCACUUGGCCUUUGCCAUAGAAACAUGGCCUUGAUAUGUCAUACAAGCGGCCCCCGCUCAAUAGUAUCAGGGCAGGAAUCUUUGUCGUGUUGAGUGAUGGCUGCGGAUUUCAUUAGGAGGCUAUUUUGAUGGAGCUAAUUCAAUUAGAUUACAUCAAUGGGGCUGUUACUCAUGUAAAGCAAACAACAAACGGAGAUGUGAUCACAGUUGAUUUAGGCACAGAACAGUAAGAUUUGCAGAUGACAGGUCAGGACCGGCUUACUGUAACUGCUGCUGCCCUUCUGUUUGUUCUGCAGUCUCCAAGGGGCUGCGGGAAAAUUAUUUGGGUGGGGAGAGAUGCCAAAUCUCUCUCUAAAUAAGCAAGGAAGGACCUCCCUUAUGUUUUAAAUGUUUUCUUUGGAGGCUCACACUUUGUCUCAAAAACAAUCUGCUAUAUCGAGUGUCUCAGAUAAUAAACUUAUGGUAAAAAAUUUCAGGAAUACAGCUACUCUCAAUGUUUGAACAAAGAGCGGUGAAAUGAACUGUUAUUAUAACCACCAGAUGUGUGAACCUGAAGCGGAGCUGUGCUGUACAUUUUCACCACAUGCUAUACUGUGUGCAUACAACAGAAAGAGAGCCCAUGAAAACCACCUUUUGAAGUGCCUCUUUUUUAUCUUUUUGGAUGUCAUAAAACAGAAAUACAGCGUCUUUUUCUCUGCGGUCCUCAUCCUUUCCUAACCUUGCCUAUUCUUUCCUUUUUUUUUUUUCUUUUGCACACUCUCUUAGCCUUAUCUCUCUUUUUUCUCAACAGACCAAGUAAAUCAGGAUGAGGGCUCCUCCGCAAACUCGGAUGGCAUCCUUGGCUCCAAAGUGGCCGUGUUCUCCUUUAUUGGCGCCGGCUGCAUCAUCUUCCUCCUGCUCAUCCUCCUCCUCGUCAUCCUGCUCAUCAAGAUGCGUAAGCGCGCCAGGAAAAAUGCCCACUCACAGCCCCGCCCUUCAGCGCUGUCACUUAGCACGCUGUCCAAUCCCAAGCUCCCCGGGGGCACGGCUGGCACGGAGCCCAGUGACAUCAUCAUUCCGCUGCGGACAGAGAACAACUACUGCCCUCACUAUGAGAAGGUGAGCGGCGACUAUGGCCAUCCUGUCUACAUAGUCCAGGAGAUGCCCCCGCAGAGCCCCGCCAACAUCUACUACAAAGUCUGACACGCUCCGCACAGCCUGCCACCCCGUCAGGAGAGAGAAUGAGAGGAGCGCUUGAUUUAUGUUCUUGGGAAGGACACUUUCCUUUGCAUUUGAUGGGACUUGAAGCUUCCCUCGAGCCCAUGUUAUUUCUACCACCUGCUGCACAAAUCUGGAGAGACACACACUGACCAGUAACCGGCGGGGUUGUGAGCUGACUGUUGAGAGAGAGGUUUAUUCUGUUUGUUUGGGUUGUUUGACAAUCCCCUUCCCCCUCCUCCUCCUCCUUCUCCUCCUUCCCCUCAUCUCCCACCUUCUACACCUCCUCGAUGCGCUCUGAAAGGGGGGCGGGGCUGAAGCGAACCAACAGAUGGAACUCUAGCUUCCUGGUUCGCUGUCCCCUUUAACGGGCAGGAUAUAACUUAUCUCAGUUCCCUGGAGUACAGUCUGUGCUACACCCAAUUAAACACACCAUCUUAGCACACUAGCCAGGAGCAGGCAGACACAGGCCCUGGAUGCCACUCAGCCUGCAGUUUGUGUGCAAGAACAAAAUGUGUGUGUGUGCGUGUGUGUCUGCGUGCGUGCGUGUGUGUUAGUCAGGGCUCCGUGCUGGGCCAGGGAACUCUCCAGAUAGCUCAGGUAUCAGACACAGUGUGUGAAAUGAUGUGUUCCUCUCCCUUCGCACCUCUGAUGUUUGCCUUACUUACUAUUUUUGAUGGAGGAUUUCCUCGAACCCUGAUUCAGUUCACAAAGCAGUUGUAUUUUGUUAGACUUUUCCUACAAGUGCACAAUGUAUAGAGUUGAAUAGAUCACCAAUAUUACUCCAUCUUUCACCAACCAUAUCACCCAUUAUACUCAUUCUUUCUUUCCUGAGAUCGUACCUUGACCUGGACUGUUGAUCUGGAGGUGUGUAUGUGUUCGUGUGUGUGUGUGUGUGUGUUCCUCGGAGUUCUCCCUUCUCCACUGGUCUGAUAUGAGCUUUACCAUUUCUCUGGUAUUUAUGACUUACUUGUGUGUAUUUGAGGGUGCGCCCUCUGUGAGUGUGUACGAGUGUGAGUGUUCGGGCAUGUCAGGACUAGUUUUGUAUCUGGGCUGACUUAUUGACUUCGGGGUAGAACACUUUGUUACUGUAUCACAGGCUGCAAAAACAGGGUAGACAGACUGACAUGCUGACAGACAGACAGACAAGCCCUGGAUCUCACAACACCCUUCCUGUGCUCUACUUGGCACCGAUCGGAGGUUGUGUGAGCUUACCGGCAGCAGGCAGGUUAUUUGUUUGUUCUAGUCCUGGUGCUACAUUGUUAGCGUAAAAACACUUAAUUUGGUGCCUGCUGCCUGGGCACGUUGGGCGCAGGUUGGUGCUGAUUGGCUGGCCUACAUAGGUAGGAUGCCCUAAAUAUAAGUUGGAUGGCAAGAGCUACGGCUGGGAUACUGUAUUGUCAGAUGCCAAUUGGCUGCCAUCUGUAGAUGAGUCGGUGGAGUGCGCAGUCGUGGCUUCGCCGGCGUGUGACUAAUCUAUGUGCCAUCUCGGUGCCCACACUCACCAGCCGGAGAGAGAGAGAGCGAGAUAGAGCGAGAGAAUGUUCCUGUGACUUGGCUUUAACCUUAGAAGAAGAUGGCGGUGUUGAUGGGGAUAAGAGGGGGUGAUGGCUGAGGUGUUGGGGGGGUUUGGUAAUUUAGCAUUAAUUUUUUUCCAUCCUCUCACCAGUUGUGCUGUGAAUAAAAAUGCUGUGCAGGAUAUUCCACAGUCAAGGUGUUCAGCCAGCGAAGAGGACACUGCAGCUCAGCUAUCACACAGCCCAGGGCAGCAGCGCUGAGACAGGAUUUACAGCAGCUGGGUGUGUGUGCGUGCGCACACCAAAGCUGGCUUUCAGGUGCUUGAUGGUGUUCAAAUCUUUCUGCGUGCACAUGUUGGUGCAUCUUUGUGCGAGUGCUCAUUUGUGCUUAUAUUUGCAGCUUUUUCUGUUUGUGUGUGCUGGUGUGUGUGUGUGUGUUUGCGAAUGCGUCUGUGGUGGAGCAGACAAACAGUCUUGUUUUGGGAUUGAAACUAGGUGCUCCAAACAGUGUGGCUGCCAAAGUAUGGAGCGCCGCAGUCCCAGUUAAUGAUGUGUGAGAGGAGAGGGGAGCAGAUAAGGACAGCUAUUCCUCAGCACAGACACGAGCUGACGUUUUGACGCACAUGUGCGCACACACACACGCGCAAACACACCAAGACUGACGAGUCCAGGUUUAUCUCCAGUCAGACGGUCAGACUGCCAGUCGACGUUUUCUCACCGGCAGACACCUAUCAUCCUCUGCCCCAUACUAUCGCCAUCCACGGAUACACACUGCUGAGUUAAAAGGCAGCCCAGCUUGAAGACUCGGGGAAGACUCCAGUGGCUUUUUGCGUGUCGUUAACCUCUGAGUUAACAGCCUAAACAGCUGCUCUUGCUUUUGUGGUCCUGUGUUUUAACUCAGCAUGCAGCCCCUCAGUGGCCCUCUGUGAAACACAUCGACAUCAAAUGUUUUUGUUUCGGAUCGGUGCGCAUCCAUUCACCUACACCAGCCAAGGGAGUCAUUACCAAACUACCACCAACCAUAUGUCAUUUUUAUUCAUCCUUGUGACCACUUAAUGUUAUUCAAUUUUUUGGAAGAAAAAAUAAAAAGAGAGAGAAAUGUAAAUAUAUGGAUAGAGCCCAAUUUAAGAUGUAAUUUCACCUGAACACUGCUCAUAAGAAAAAUUUAAGAUUAGAUUUUUGUAAUGGAGGAUGUUUGUAAAUAGCUGUCUUUUUAAAGUGUGUUUUGUAUGAAUCCUUGCAUUUUUGUCUCUGUUUGCAAUAUGUUUUUAUUUUCUUUUUCUUUUAGAGUUAAACUGAAUAUUGCAACGGACACAUGAGCUGUCUUUUUUUGCAGCGUCCAGUAUUGUCAAAAAGUCUUUGUUACCACACGUGUUUGAAUAAAUGGGGUUCAGAGUUUUUACAUAGCCAUUCAACGGGAUUCGAGUUGUUCAGCAACUGUUCAGGACUGAAGCUUUGUCAGCGCACAGCUUUGAAACGGAUAGGUCAUUGAAACCAUGAAUGAUAAGGCCACUUCCCUGUUGGAGACAGCACUUAGCUCUGCAUAUGAAGACUGUGUUAUUCCACUGCCUUUCAGUUACCUACACCUUCCACUCCAUUAUAAGAUGUAACAAAAACAUUUUGGUCCAAAAAGAUUAAUCUUUUCUCGGUUUUUAAUAAGUCUAUCGUGCUAGACGGAGGAGGAAAGGGAGAAAAAAAAAAAGAGGCCACGAUUGAGAGUGUGACCGUUCUGCGCUCGCCAAUAAAUCACCCGGUUUACACCACUCAUUAUCUCCCAGGCGGUCGUUUGUUUUAAAGUUGCUCUCACCCUGCUUUCCUAAUUUAGCUCCAAGAUGUUGGCUCAUGUUGUGAGCCUCACUGUAGGUUGAUUUCUGCUAUUGUUCAAAGCCACAGUAUUAUUUUUCAAUGUGCAUGUGUAAGCAGAACCUGUUGAAUUUGUUUCCCUUUGUUUGAAUCAUAACUGUCAAGUUUUGUUAUUUUAUUUUAAUUUUUUUUUUUUUUUUUUUUUUGCCACUCACUUUCUCGCCGCUUCUCAGCGUAACCUAUUGGCACCAGCUACAAUGGAAAUAACGUUCCACCAGUUUGGAAACUACCGCAUAUUGAUAAAUAAAAUUUUUCCCAUGGAACUUGUUCUGGAGGUAUGUUUUUCUUUCUGUCUUUUCUCUUUGUUCUCGCAUCUUUUACAAAUAUGGGUAAAAGAAUUCAUUUGCUAUCUCACUGACCACCUUGGAUCAUUAUGGGAUCAUAAACCAGCCGCCCACGCUCACUCUACUUCCCUGCUAGCCCCCCCAAACCCUCACCUCAGGGGUCAGUGCUGCACAGAUGGGUUUGUUCUGAUACAUUAGUCAGAUUGAAAUCACAAGCAGGCUUCAUAAAUUCAUAUUCGAGGAGUAUGGACACGCCUUUUUGCAUAGUAACUAAUACCCGUAUCAACCCACCCUGCCCUGGUGUCCUCCAAAAUUACAUUUCUUCAUACAUGAUUAAAUCUGAUUGGCUGCACUCGGCAUUUCCAUUGCGUUUGUCUGAAAUUACAGUCUGCAUUCAGCCGACUGAGAAACAAACUCCGAGUCCUCUGUGAAAGCAGAGAUGGCAUGAAAUGUUAUUAAAGUGAUUGGGCAUUUUCUCUGACAAACACAUCAGUGUUUUGUGGGCAUGGCCGCUUUCGUGAGGCUGAUGAUGUGAGCAGAGACGGACGGUGUGGGCGAGUGAAGAGACUGAUGGCAGGAGAGAGAGAAAAAAGUCAGGGCAAUGAGAGACAUAAUGUGCCUGUGGCUUCUCCAAACCACCCUUCCUCCCCUCCACUCCCCUCCUCCCCACCCUCACUGUUUCUCUCUGUGCCCCGGGGCAGGUACGUUCAUCUGGUUUCCUGGCUCGGUCCCGAGACGCCCCCAUAGAUCUACGGUACUGUGGGUUUAUUAAAACCUUCCCCCCACUGAGCUACUGUGUGUGACUGCAUGUUUCUCUGCCUAUGUGUAUAUCUCUCCCCACCUCUCUCUCUAUCGCCCUCCCUCUCUUUCUCUCUCUCUAUCUGAGUGUCUAUGAGUGUGUGUGCAUUUGCCACAGGGUUCUUUCGGUGAACAACAACAGAGUCAACAUCACAAAAAUAAGGAAAUAUACAGUUGCAGCAUGCACUGCGGUAUUUUUGCACUUGUGUUUUUGGAAAAUGUCACCUCUAAAUGAAUCAACGAGAUCAAAUCUGUGCAUAUAUUCUGUCGUCUGAUGGACAUAACACUUGUGGGCACCUGAUAUUGGACAUGUUACAUUCACUUCACUGAACACUUAAGCACUUUACAGCAUUAAUCAUGCAUAGUCUUACUAAUGCCAUUGACUUCCACCCAUUUCCAUGCCAGUAUUUAGACGUUUCCAGCUUAUAAUCCACUUUAUUUGCAUAUUUAUACUCCAGGACACCUUUAAACCGCAGCUAAAACACCCUGGUGACUUUUUACUCGAUAUGAGCAUGUAUAAUUCCCCACAUUGUGUUUUUUUUUAUUGUGUAACACGGUGGCUCGCAUGUCUUUAUAGAUGAAACAAGUCACCUGGGACAGCAACAGCUGCCAGCAGUUUGUGGUGGCUUGGGAACAAUUUAACUUACACUCAUUUUUAUCCAUGACUAUGAAUACUAAUCAUGGGAAAGCACUUUCAAGAAGAAUUUUCAUUUUACCAGCUUAGUUUUCCUAACAGUUGGUAAUGUGGAAAAGUAAAGUAAAUCAGCAGAGAUUAAAGCAGUCUCUUUUGAGGCACUGGAACGAACGAGAAGAACAAACUUGCAUUUUUACCAGUUACGUGAUGAUGAACUUUUUCUUAGCCUCUCAAAAAUUGCAUAAUAUAAAUUCAUAGCGUGUGGCCGGCACAGUAAUUACUUUCAACCUGAUGUAAACUAAAUGAGAACAGUGUCUUAUAAGGUGAGGAAGCGUAGAUUAAUGCAUUUUUGAGCUGAGUAAUUCAUUUUAAAUUGCACUGUUCGCCUUAGAUCAUCACCGACCGGUUUUGGCAUUAGCAAAGUUUACUUAUCAUUUUGUUUGCUACAUAACCGCCUGCAAGGCAAGCCACGUCAGAUCUGACAGAGGGGCCACGAGGGCAGCAGAGCUUGUAAAGAAGCCGUGAACGGAAAAUAAAGUUGUCUGUGGGAGAUGUAAAGUGAUAUCUAACCAGAUGAGGGAAAGAAUUCAGCAACGCUGGUACGAAUCCUUUAACAGUGUUAGCUGGCAGAGCUUCUUAGUUUCCUCUCACGUUAUUUCACACACUCCACUCCCACACAAAAUCUGCUGCAUGUGCACACCCUCCCCUUGAUCUGUCGAAGCAAGCAAGUUCAAAACUCUGCUACUUCUCAACUGUGACCGAGCAUCCGGAGAAGGAGGCCGUCAAUAAAGCUCUUAGGCAAUUCAGUGUGCCAUCACCUAAUGUUAUUUUUCCCCCUCAUAUGGCUUGUGCAGGAGACUCGUAACUCACACCAGAAUCAAUAUGACAUGCUAUGGGACAUGUUCGUUCUCAUGUAAUGCACACGUACAUAUUUGAUGAGUUAAUGCAUCACUCCAGGGUCAUAAAUAAUGCAGGGCCACUAAUGCCUUUCAUCAAACGCUGCUCAUCAAAUAUCAAGCAGAUUUUUGGUCAAUCUGUGAGCGACAGGAAACCAGACCUUGCACUAAAUCGGAAACGAGGAAAGAAAAACAAUGAGAGGAGAGUUCAUUAGUCAAACAGUAACAUAUGGAUCGCUCAUGAAAGGGCUAAUUAAUGGGAUUCAAAUUCCAAUCAAUGAGGGGAACUAUAUCUAAACAGUGUUCCUCUUUAAUCCCCUCAGAGAAACAGGAAAUGGAAACUCCACCAAAGCAUCCCGUCCUCCUGGGUUAUGUUGGGCUUCAUUUUGAUGUUUCAUUACACACAUGCACACAUUCAGCCGUCAGCUUCAUAUUGAUGGCAUUGUUACAACCAGAACAUGCCUGAUCAGGCCUGGGCCACGGCAAGGAUCCAGGCCUGACCGAGACUCAUCAAUCAAAUAGAGAGUGCCAGAACCUGUGAGACUUACGCACGUAAAAAAAAGAGUGCACACACACACACACACGCACGCACACACUUAACAGGAGAAAUAGCCAGGGCGGCUGGCUGCUGGGUCACAGGUGUGGAAGAAAGUGGGAAUUAUUCCCUCUUUCUUUCCCUCCCUGCUUCCCUUUAAAGAGAAACAGCUCGCUCUCCCUGCCUCCCGCUCACCCACAUCUUUGAAAACAUCCUAUUUCCAUCCACUUUCCCUUCACCCAAUUUAAAACCCACACUUCAUUCGCCCCCUCGGCAUCGCCACCCCUCUCCUCCUCCAUCUCUGAGUCUCAAUUAGGCCAUGCCUCGAAUCUCAGGCAUUAUCUCUGCCGGCCAUUUAUAUAACAUGACUCCAAAACGCAUUUGCACAAUUUUCCAAUUACAGUAUUAUGCCUUGAAGCUUUGGUUCCUUCUGUCUCUCUCAUUUCCCUCCUUUCACUCAAACUGCUCUUGAUGUUUAACACUACAAAAGAGUCACCGCAGCAAAUGCAGACACACAUUUGUACUUUAAAGUAAUGGCCUACCUCCUUUUUAUGCAUUGUUGGUGUUUAUGAAACUUUAUUUUCAACUGCUCAAGGAUUUGUGUCCUGGCCUUGGCUGACUGACAGGUGGGUGAAGGACAAAAAACCCCGGAGGGUUUGUUUGGCAAAGCCCAAAAAAUAAAUAACAGUCUUAAAAUUUAAAAAUACAAUUUAUUGCACUUUAAUGCACCCUGUCUAAGCCACUGGCAUACCAUCAGUAUGUUAAGACCGCAUGAAAAUCUACAAAAUUGAAAUAAAACCAUGAAAUUAUUGGUAGAGUCGUAGGAUUAUUGAACAUGAAUCUGGAAUGUUGAAAGUAAGCUUAUGAAUAUCGAAGAAGUCCAGAGACGGGGUUUUUAUAAAGUCCUGAAAAUAAACCAUCUGCUUACCGUGUUUUCAAGGUUAGAGUUGGUUUGAAUUUCAAAAGAUGCUUGACAGAAGUUAAAUCAGCAAGACUGACCAUCUUGUUGCUCAUUAAUUAUUUAUAUUGUCAUGCUUUUCCUCUUCAACUCCUCAGCUGACUGUUGGAGCGUUCAGUUAAACCAAUCACAAUUCGCCACGACCCCCAAUGAGCCAAUCGUCUCAUGGCCGUCAAAGUUUAAACUGUCCCUCUCGGCUGCCGUCACUUAUCAUUUCAGUCAAGCAGAUGCAACCCUCCUCCUCCACCUCCUUCGGCUCCAUUCUUCAGCACAUUCUGCGCCUAAGGGUCCUUUUUCCUGUGCUCAUCAGAACUUCUGCUCCACCUCACAUCCAUCCUGAGCUUCACCUUUGCUCUAUAAACCUUCAACGUCAAAGCCAGUAUGACAUCCAUGACCUGUUGAGAGAAUGACCUGAUAGUGGGCUCUGACUCUUCAGAUCUCAUCAUCUUCAGCAUCACAUCAGUGAUUUUUUUUUUUUUAUCACGUUGAAGACAAUUCACCCCAGUUGACACACAAUCAUCAAUAUAUCAUGUGUUUUUUCCCUGAAAUGCUGCACAAGAGAAUUUUCUAGAAUUUCCUAGAAAUUCCACUGAAAUUGAAUUUCCCUUCAGGUAUAGAAAAUAAGGUUAUUCUUAGAGGAGAAAAAGUGAAUGCCUGGCUUGACUGAUCAGCCAUUAUUUAUGACCACCUAUCUAAGGUGGCCUGCUUUCCAGCUGCUUCAACGACGUGCAUCAAUCUCACCUCUGUCCACCUCUCUCUUUCUGCAUCUCAAUCUAUCAGUCUCACCUCUGUCUCCCUCUGUCCCAUUUUUAAACCCAAUGCAGCAGCAGCAGAUGACUGUCUAACAUGAGUCUGGUUCUGCUCAAGGUAUCUGCCUGUUAAAGGGAUAUUCCAGCAUAAAUUUAAGUUUAUAGGUAUCAUAGAGGUCACGCUACAAACAAGUGGCUGCUGGAAGAGAGUAGGUGAGUUGAAUGUAGUCUCUUUGCUAAAGAAAUCAGGCAAAGUUAAAAAGAUCUUUGGUGGCUAGUACUGUGGCUGGGACCCUAUAUUUACUGUUGAUGAAGUUAGGUGCUGUUCUGAGCAUUAUUUGUGGCUAUAGAGUGGCGUUUUGGUUGAGGUUUGUGUGUGGUUCCAUAGACCGCUGUAUAUUGUUAUUGUGCGGUCAUUGCUAAAGUUGGUAUAACUAGAGAAGCAUGCGGUCGGCAACUUUCAUCUCUCAAGGGGGCGUCUAACUCUGUGCUAUUGUGUGUUUGACCCUAACUUAAUUUUACGCGGAAUAUCUCUUUAAAGGAGGUUUUUCCUCUUUGCUUUAACUUGCUAAAUGAAGUAAAUUUCUCCACUCAUGUGGGUGAAGAUGGGAUGGGAGCGGGUCUUAUCUUACAAGAUGGGGCUUGAUCCCAUUUUUACAUUGGAUCUUUGUCAAUAGGUUAUGGUCUUUUUUGUGAAGUGUUUUGGACUAACACUUGUUGUGAAAUGGUGCAAUAUUAUUUUUCUUUUUUUUUUCUAAUUUUAUUUAUUUUUAUUUAACCAGACAAAAUCCUCUGAGAUCAAGAUCUCUUUCAUAAGGGUGACCUAGCCAACAGGUCAGCAGCACAUGUCACAAAAAACAUAGUUGAAAGGUUACAAUAUACAGUAAGUUUGAUUGACUGAUCAAAGUUGUGCAACCUCUCUCAGAAUAAAACUAAAACUUGACUGACAGAGGACUCCAUUAGACCUCUACAGAGGUGUUAUAGUAUCUGGCACUAAUACUGCAGCAGAUCCUCUAAAUCCUAUCGGUUGCUUAUAGGGGCCUCCAUGGAUUGAGCUUAGUCAUCCAGCUCAUCUCACAGAUACUCCAUCAGCUUCAGAUCAUGUAAAUUUCGAGAACAAGUUGUUUUACUUUAGACCAGCUUCUGCUAAAGCUCUUUGGUCCUCCUCAGAGGUUCAUAUGCCUAUCAAAGGUGCUUUUGGUGGUGAACAGUGGUCAGUAUUAGAAACAAACUGCAAUUCAGUAAGUAAGUUUACAUGACCAAUUUGUACCAGAGUAGAACUAGAAAAAGGCUCAGUUGUCAUAAAAUGAAGUAUAUAAACACUUGGAUCAGGGUAAAACUGUCUGGAAAAAUGGUGGUGUAUUCCUUUUCUUUUUCCCAUUAACAGUCAGGUAUACAGAUAUUUUAAUAUAUUGUGUUGGCAGAUGUUUUUUCAUUUUUAUUCCUCACAUGAGCAGAACAAUUUUUAUUGAGUUUAUCUAAUUAGAGCAGUUCACCUUAAUAGGCAUUUUAAAUGUCAAAAUUAGCGCAACAGCCAAGAUUAAUCUGUAGUCCUAAAGCAGGUAUUUACAUAAAACAGAAAACCGAUGGUAAAGAUUCAAAGAUGUAACAAGACAGUGCAUCACACAGCCGACAAGUUAAACAUGAAAAUUGACACGUUUGUUACAUGACGAAGACAAGACAAUACAACGGUUAAAACACAAAAUGAGCCCAAAGCCCCUGAGAAAGGGCAUCAGGGCUGUAAAGAGAUAUUAUUCAUGAGUACAUGGCUGCUUUGUUUUUAACCAGCGUUUGAGUGUUUUCUGAGAGGUGGAGUAGAUCUCACACUCUGGGCUAUGAACUGGAAUAUGCUCUGGGAAAGUUAGCCUCAAACAGAUAUUACUAAGUU